CACAACCACUGCGCGGGAGGGAGACAGCCAGCCAGCCGGACCACAACCACAGCGCGGGAGGGCAGCAGGUGAGAGCAGUGGGCUGGGAUGUGAUUGAUUUAUGGACACAGCUCUCAGCACGCUCAGCCAGCCUUCUAUGUGACUGAGCAUCCUGAGAGCCACAGUCCACAGCAGCUACAAACAGUAUCCAGUAUAGUGUAUAAUCAUAACCCAAAAUCUCUGUAUUCCAUCCCACAUCUUAUAUUCAGACUGUCAGCCAGUCCUCAGGAUAGACAGCAUGUUAGUAUUAUUAUUAGUUUAUAAACUCCUGCUGUGUCAGAAUUGGUCAAUACAUACUGCAUAUUUAGUGCAUGUUGCUGGGGGAGGUGGGGGGUCCCAGCUUUAUUAUGGUUACUAUUAUUGUUAUCAAUUUUAUUAUGUAUUAUUUGAGAUGGCAUUUGAAAAACUCAGCAAAUGUAAAUCUCCGAUUCUGCACUCACAUGUGCAAGUUGAAAACUAAUCUGGACAGAGUUUAGUGUUUGCUAAAUCUUGUAACAAAGUAUACUUUAUAUAAAAAAAAAUGUUUUUACUUUUUUUUCAUUUCUCAUUUUAAAGUUACACAAACAUAGCUCCAAAUAGAAUUUUCAUGGUCAGAGCUGUUCUAAAACGUUGCAUCCACACUGCCUUUAGUAAACAGAUAAAUGGCAAUUUUGUAUCAGGAUUGGAGAUUGUUGUGACAUUGCGCAAUUCACAGGUUGAUAAAUAGUCCUCGCUGUUGUUAGCAUCUCAAUUUGUGUAAUUCUCAAACUGUGACUUCAGCAUGUAUAAGAUUUGUCCCUGUUAAGAGCGUUAGUGUAAUUUUAAAUAUCUGCAUGGGGGACAGCAAUCUUAAAAAAGUACGUUUGAGAAAUGAAUUGUAAAAAGAUGUCUCCUUACACAUACAUUAGAAUCACAACAUAUGUAUGGUGUAGGGGAGGUAGAUUAAUAAGGUUAAAGCAUAGAUGUCUUGGGGUCUUGAGAAAGUACUACCUGCACAAAACGUGUAUACUCAUGGAGUAAUUGGCAACUACACCUUUUCUGCUAUAUGUGGAAAUUUUAAAUUGUUUUAAUUUUACAUGACAAAAGAAUGGAGAUUUUAAUCACUGACCGAACAGUAAAGAGCUUUUGUCUACAUUAACUUUAUCUUCAGUUUUUUUAACUUAUGCUGUUGAAGGACCGCCAGCCACCUAACAAUCCGAGAUACUAAUAUUAACCCCUUAACGACAGAGGCAAUUGUACAAGUUCUGAACCAAAACAAAACCUGGAAUUUGAGCUAUAUGUCUGUUCAACCAAAAUUUACCUCUUUUAUAUUAAGUGCACCUACACUUAUAUUUAAUUUUGUUCAGGAGAAACAGCGCUUUUAUUUCACAUCAAACUUUUAUUUCACAUCACUGUUAUAAAUGAACCGUAAUCAGAUUGAUACAUAUGUAUUUUGUUCAUAAGUGUAAAUGAGUACAUUAUGUCCGGUUAAUUUAACUGUUGAUUUAUAAAUAAAUAAAAAAAAGUUUUGCAAAAUUAAGUAGUAGUCCGUUGUAAUAUAAUGGUAAUAUGCCAUAUAAACAUUAACCCAUUUAAAGUGACACUAUACGCUAGCUUAAUAAAGCAGGUUAAGUGUACAGAUUUACGCCUGCAGUCCCACUUCUCAAUUCUCUGCCAUUUAGGAGUUAAAUCACUUUGUUAAUGCCACCCUAGCCAUAUCACCCUGCAUGUGAUCUACCUAUAUUGAACAGUCUGUUUAAUUUAGAAUUUUUUUCUCUCCUACCUUGCUAAUAGCCUGCUAGAGCCUCCUGCAUGUGAUUACAGUUCAAGAGAAAAAAAUGUCUAAAAGUAAACACAGUGCGCUUUCACAUCCGAUUGAAAAUGAAAAAAAAAAAAUAAUUCCUAUUGACUGUGUGAUUCACAGCCAGGGUACGUGUGGCUAGGGCUGCAUAAACGGAUACAAAAGUGAUUUAUAAUGCACCGAUAGCAAGUGGACACAGUGAAAUGACUAGUAGUGGGACAAUCUACACAUCUUGUAAAAGUAAUUUUACCUAGAAUUAUUUUUGGGCUACAUUUUUGCAUUAACCUAUGAUUUCUUUUUGGUUAAUCCUUUUUUCUACUUUACAACAUAGUAAGACUGACAAAUCUCUGUUAUUUUAUUUUUUUUGGAGUAUUUCUGUCCUUAAAAAGAGACUUCUUGCACUUUUAAAUAUUUUUAAGGAUUUGUUUUAAUAUAUUCAGUGUAUGCAAUGUGAUACACCCAAUUAAAUUCUUCCCAUAGUGGACCAAAAUCACGAUUAACUGUCUGAAUAGCUCUCCCUGUACCCCUGUCCAAUGCCUUGAAAAAACUAAGAAAUAGAGUAGAUUCAUAUGAUUUUAUUUUUAAAGCCGCAUACCUGCAAUAGAGAAUUCCAUGCUUUGACAGUGUUAUUAUUCACUUUAAAAGGAAGUGAUGAAAACAUGCAUGAAUGUAAAACAUUUUUUAUUGUGGGUAUAUCUACACACAGCUUGCAAAAGCUGUCUGCAGCAUUUCCAAGCCCUCCCCUUCUAACCCCGCCCAGGCUUUCUAUGACUGAAUGCCCAGUGCAGCUCAAUGAGAAGACUCUGCAAGGCCGGUGCUCUGGGCAAUUGCUGCCUCUUGAGUUUAGCUCCACUGAGCUGUUUGACAGCCAGGGGGCUGUAACAAGGUUCAAACAAAGUGAAAGAAGCACUUUUUUUGUAAAAAAAAAAUAAAAAUAAAAAGAGAGUGCACUUUUAACGCAGCAUUUCAGCAAACUGAAUUUCUUUAGAUGUUCAGGUCCUUCCCAUAGGAAAGCACUGUAAUAUAGUGAGCUUGUGCAACAUCAAAAAUGUUGCAUGUGUGUAACGCCACAUUCUUGCAUUGAACUUGUAGUUCUCCUACGUUAACAUGGGUGAGGCUCUAAAUGCUUGAAUUUUUUCUGCCCCCUUCUUGUUUCUGCCUAAAUGAUCAGUAUCAUGGGAGAAUAUCUAAAGAAGAGAAACCUCAGGGAUGAGUAUGCUUUGUUUUAUCACUAUUAUUACUAUUUAUUUAUUUUAUUUCCAAUUGUUAUAUUUUAUCUACAUGCUUUAUUAAAAUUGGCUCAGCUUCAUUCUGUGGUUUCUCUAAAACAAUCCAGCUUGCUGAUGUUCUUCAGGGGCUAAGUGCAUCUACACUUAUUAUAUAUAAUUUUGUUCAGGAGAAACAGAGCUUUUAUUUCACAUCAAACAUUUGUGUAUGUAUACUGUAAUAUGAAUAAAAUCUAAAAAGGUUUGAGAGAUUAAGAAAUUUUAUUUUCCAAGUUCUGCAUGGGAUUCUAACUGUGAAUGUCAUUUUUUACUGCAAGCUUUAUUGAUAAAAGUACACAUUUCCAGAGAAGUCAGCACUUUCAUUAAAUCCCCUGUGUGAAACUGGGAAGGUUUCCUGCUGGGAUCAAGUGUUUCUCAUAGAUAUGCUAUGGUUUCAGUGCUUCUCUAUGAGAAGCAUUGUUAGCGUUUCCCAAUGCUUCUCUAUGAUUGGACACAAGGAUGAUCAGAGCUGUAGUGAGGAGACUGGAAUAAAUAUGAGGUUAAAGGCAACCUAUGGUUAUUUCAGGAUUAUUGGUUCACUACUGUCCACCCCGUUUGUCCUGUAAAAGUUAAGUUAAAGGACCACUCUAGGCACCCAGACCACUUCAGCUUAAUGAAGUGGUCUAGGUGCCAGGUCCAGCUAGGGUUAACCGAUUUUUUCAUAAACAUAGCAGUUUCAGAGAAACUGCUAUGUUUAUGAAUGGGUUAAGCCUUCCCCUAUUUCCUCUAGCGGCUGUCUCAUUGACAGCCGCUAGAGGCGCUUGCGUGCUUCUCACUGUGAUUUUCACAGUGAGAGCACGCUAGCGUCCAUAGGAAAGCAUUAUGAAUGCUUUCCUAUGUGACCGGCUGAAUGCGCGCGCAGCUCUUGCCGCGUGCGCAUUCAGCCGACGAUGGGGGAGAAGAGGAGGAUCAGAGGAGGAGAGCUCUCCGCCCAGCGCUGGAAAAAGGUAAGUUUUAACCCCUUUCCCCUUUCCAGAGCCGGGCGGGAGAGGGACCCUGAGGGUGGGGGCACCCUCAGGCCACUAUAGUGACAGGAAAACGAGUAUGUUUUCCUGGCACUAUAGUGGUCCUUUAAAUAAAGAUUAUCCACCUUGUUUCCAGCGCUAGGGCUCCUCUGCUGCUGUCUCCGGUGAUGUCAGCAAGCAUGCUGACAUCACCCACGAUCUCAUCCAAUCCAAGCAUUGGACUGGAGAGCGAAUGUGCACAAAAACACUGCUCUUCUCCAACCAAUGCAGCUAUCAGCAAUAUUUAAUUCCCAGACAUGUUUUACUAGUGGCUGGCAGGAAGACAACCAUUAGAGGUGGAUUUAACUCUACAUUGUUUUGCGUGGUACACAUUUUUGUAAUGUCACUUUAAAGUGCAUCAAUGUCAGUUUGGCUUGUGGCAGAAAACCGAGCAUAUUUAAUUGAAGUAACUAUGUUGCUUAAUACAUUUUGCAUUGCAUAUUUAUAGUGUAUAGGCUUCCUAUAGUACUUCUUUGAUCAUUUAAGGCUUUCUUCUGUUGCAAUUAGAUGUAACCCCAAUUUACUUUCGUAAGUUAAAUAAAAAAUGUACUUUUUGGAACUGACACAGACUAAUACAUAACUAUGUACAGGCACAAUUAAUCCAUUCUUUUCAGUUACUGUGUAUAUUGUAAUUGUAUGCCGUUACUUUGUGGUUUGUUGUUUGUUGUUACUGGCUCUCUGCCUUACAUUGCAGCUGGGUUUUAUUUCCAGAAUGCAUGGUUUUCUGCCACUGAUUAGGAAAGUCCAUACUAUGGAGUAAAGUGUGCUCAAGUUAUUUGUAGGCAAAUAUGCAGUUUUGCGACACAAAUAAUUUCAAUGAAACACCACUAGUAUUUGAUGCAUUGGUGUGAGGGCUUCAAGAAAUCAUAUUUCCAGAUCCCGUCCAGCUUAGUAGAGGGUUUGGGGAUGUCUGUUUCAUUUUAUUAUUUAUAUCUUUUUUUAAAUUUGCCCACGGACUUAAAGGGACACUAUAGUCACCAGAACAACUACAGCUUAUUGAAUUUGUUCUGUUGAGUACAAUCAUUCACUUCAGGCUUUUUGCAGUAAACACAGUCUUUUCAGAGAAAAUGCAGUGUUUACGUUACAGCCUAGGGAUACAUCCACUGGCCACUCCUCAGAUGGCUACUGAAGGUGCUCCCUGUGGCAGUGCUGCACUACCAUUCAGUUUCUCCACCCUCUGCAUGGAGACACUAAACUUUUCUCAUAAAGAUGCAUUGAUCUAUGAGGAGAUUCUGAUUGGCCAGGGGUGUGUUUGGCUUGUGCUGGCUCUGCCCCUGGUCUGCCUCCUUGACAGUCUCAUUGUGAUUGGCUUUGAUCAACACAUCUGAUUAUAUCAGAAAAGCAGGCAGCUCAGGGGCAAAGCCUGCAACAGUAGCAGGCUGUAAUAAAGGUAAGAAUUGACUAUUUGACUAUAUUUAUGUGGGGCGUGGGGGAGGGGGUGGAUGCUUGGUUGUGUAAUUAACCCUUUGGCAGUGGGCUUGGUAGUGUUUUUAACCCCUUGGCAGAGGGGCUUGGUAGUGUUUUUAACUAUAUAGUGUCAAGAAUACAUGUUUGUGUUCCAGACCCUAUAUUGUUCCUUUACAUUGCCGGGUUGAACUUCCAGUGGGUAAAUAUUGCAGAUUUUUUGUAUUUUUACCUUCAUAAAGCUUGUGCACAUAUUUUGCAAAUGCACUUUAAAUCUGUCCCCUUUAAGCCUGCCCACCCAAUGCCAAUUCCAUACCUCCCAUACUCAGGAGAUAUGGUCAUUCACCAAAGAUCACUGGAUUUGCCCUUUUCAUUUCAUUAGCAAGCUCAGAUUAGUAAACAUCAGUGACUGCAUACUAUAAAAUAGUUUUAGCUUCACGGAUAUCAGGGAACGUUUCACCUGACAAACUCUAUAGCAUUUCAAUUUGUACCAAAUGUUUGCAACGCCACAGUAAUCAAACCUAAAUUAUUACUCUGCUAUUACUGUGACAGCUGGGCUGACUAAAUAAUCCACUUUCAUGACCCUGCACCUUAGUCAAUUGUGGGAAAGCUCUAGCUGGUGUUAUGCUCCAUUUCUCCUAGAUACAUCUUUGGCAUAUCUCAGAGUAGAAGCCUUGUAUUUUAAUAAUAAUACUGGUAACAGAAGGCCUCUCAGGUCUGACUGUCUGCUGAACCAUGACUAGUUUAUUAGAACUAAACAUGUAGGAAUCGUACAGAGCGCUUUUACUUUGUAAUGAGAUCAUUUAUCAGAUCAAAAUAUGAAGAAAUUGUACAGAGUGCUUUUAGUGUGGAAUGAUAUACUGGUGGAGCGACACUUGUUUAGAGACUAUGAAUACCCCUGAGGUCUUUAUAAAACAUACCACUGGUGGUAAGUGAUGAACUCCCCACUGUAUCCCAAGCAGAAGACUGUCAAUCGGACAGUCCUUAAUCUAGAAUAUAGAAGGAUCAGGCUCACAGGUGUGCAAGCAGUAAUUUUACUGCAGACAAAGCAAUGUUUUGAGUCUUUCUCAGGCCAGGCUUGAGUAAGGUUUUGUGUUCUGUGAACUGUAACAUUGCUUUAUUUGAAAUAUUCUUGCCAUUCAAAUUUCUGUCUGCCUGAUCCUUCUACAACUAUACUGGUUGCUGAGGGAUUUUGGCCUGCUCAGUUCCUUUAAAGGAACACUAUAGUGUUAGGAAUACAGGCCUGUUUCUAACCCUAGAGUGCCCUAGACAUAUAUUACAUUUUUGUUCAGUGCCAAGACUCCUUCUGUGCUGCAGCCUGCGCCACCUUUAACAACGUCAUUGUGGAGGCAUCAUAUCCCCGCUGAUCGUCCAAACCAAUGCUCCUCAUAGAGGCAAGAGGCACAUGCGCGGCAAGUGCCACACACGUUUCCAAUCAAAUACUUCACAUAGGAAACUAUUGAAUUCAAUGCAUUUUAUGAUGUUUGACAUCCUCAUGGAUGUCAACGACACGUGAUGGAGUUUUAAUUGUUGUUGCACAGAAGGAUCCUCUAGCGGCGAUCUGAAAGACAACCACUAGAGGUGUGCUUAACUCUGCAAUUGAAGCAUUGACGUUUCUACAAAACUUUUAUAUCACAGGGUUAAUACUACAGGGUCUUUUCACCCAGACCACUUAAUUGAGAUGAAGAGGUCUGGGUGCAUUUAGUGGUCCAUAAGGACAUGUGCCAUCUCUGUUACGCUGAAUGUGAUUCUAGUGACCAGGGCCAUCUUUAUUAAAUGGAAAAAAGGGUACAUGCCCUGGGCCCCACCAUUUACCAUGGGGCAGGGGUAUGGAAUGCAUUGCAGCUUCAUGGUCAUGCAUUGCAUCCAUAUACGAGAAGGCUUAAUGACUACUACUCAGGUGGAGAAAAUCACACACUCCGCUUCAGGCAGUCUCCCUGAAAGUGAUGCAGUGGUGCCACCUUGUCACAGUGUCAGAAUCGAAUCAGUCACUGUUUUAAAAGAUGUGUGUUCCUGGCUCCCUAGUUGCCAGGAGCUGGUUGCUGACUUGUGAUCCAUCUGUCAGAAAACUCCAAGCUGCCCAUGCAAUCUCCUCCCUGCUUCAUACUGACAGAUCUCCCUCUCACGGCCUCUGCAGUGGGAAUAGGUUUGCUGUAGAUGUGUUGCCUUGGGUAAGACUGUGCUUGUGCUUCUUGUACAAUGUUCUGUCUGUCUAAAUUUGAAGGUUCCGAUUAAAGUUUCAUUUUUUUGCUGUGAGGAGGGUUAGGGAGCUUUGGGGCCAGGUGUGGGGGGAGGGAUCAUAGAGUCCUGCCCAGCCCUGUUAGUAAUUAGCACAUAAGUUGAUCACGCGCUGUAGAUGCCACUAAGACAUCUGUCUAUGACAAUACUGGUCCAGGCUUACCAUCAGGCUCCAGGUAUCGGGGGAUUGCAUCUCCUGUCAAGGAAGGCUAGUGACAUUCCCUGCUAGAAUUAUAGCCAAACAUAGUCAAGGAAAAUGUGAGCUAAGUGGCAACCCUAUCUAAAAAUAUACUAGUCAUCUUGUAUACUGCGUGACUGGACAUAAAUAUAUACAUUUUGUAAAUUUCAGCAAUUGUGCAUCUUCAUUCGGCUCCUUUAGCUUUUCAUAGGAAAUUCACUUUGAAUUCUCACUUUAGUGAAUAACCCUCUUAAUAACUUCUCUGUAAGUGACAGUUUUCAGUCCUGUAAACAUACCUCCCAACAUCUGCAGUCUGGGAACCGGGACUCCGGUGGCAUCACUGGCUCCCCCAAAAAGUAGGCAGGCCUGCACUUAAGGGGGUGUAUCUGUCCCACAUUACUGGCAGGUCAGCUUUGUGUGAAUACAUAUUUUAGCCGGCCCACACAGGGAAAACCCUGGAGGAAGCACACGGUACAAAGUGAAAAUAAAAAAUGUCGAAAAAACUAGCACAAAACACAGCUCACGUUGAUAUAUCUCACAUAUGAUAUUUCUGUUCUAAUGAAGUUUUCACAAAACAAUAUAACAGAAUUCACUUUCAAACAUUACAUGUCUUACAAUAAAGUACAGUACUAUAUAUUCUAUUCCAUAACAAGCCAUUUUCAAGUUUCUGUUUUGCUUUGCUCUUUCAGUAGAUUAUCUCUUUACUAUUUAAUGUCACCCCUAAGCUUUCUAGAGCAGAAGUAAAGAGUGUGGUUUUAAUAUUGCUUUCUCCCGUUUUAUCCUUUAGUAUCUGAGAACAUUAAAUAUGAAUAAGCAAUGACAUUUAUGGGCCUUUGAUUUCAUUUGAAAUCCCAAUCACAGAUGCCGCGGUUGAUCUCCAAGAAAAAUGUCUUUGUCAUGACAAAUUAUACAUUCUGUGACCUGUUAUAUGCAAACCAGGCUUUUAUUUUGAGAAUUAUUUUUAUAUAUUUGGAACAAACUUUCCCUUGAGGUAGGGCAAGUUAUUACAAAUUGUUAAUUUUAAUGUUGAAUGACAACAUAAUUAUUGGAUGUAGGUACUCUUCUUUGAACAUGGUGCAUUUGUUAAUCACGUAACUAUGUGGGUAUUGCGCUGAGCUGAUUUUGUAAUUAAUGUAUGUGUGUGUGUGUGUGUGUGUAUAUAUAUAUAUAUAUAUAUAUAUAUAUAUAUAUAUAUAUAUAUAUAUACACAGUUGUGAUGUCCUGAUGAAAGUUCCCUAGAGGGACUGAAACGUUGACUUGCUGGAAUUUGUCAAAUAAAGAACUUACCUGAAUGAAAAGCUUAAAAGCUUGGAGUGCCGGUAUUUUUGUAGAUGUGUGUGUGUGUGUAUAUAUAUAUAUAUUAUGUGUGUAUAUAUAAAUGAGUUGCAAAUAAUUUUAUACACACACACACAUACAUAUACAUGAGUUGCAUAUAUAUGUAAUACCUGUAUGCAACACAUUUAGGUUUUACAACUGCCUUUCGCAUGCUCAAUGAAGGCUGCCAUCUUUAAGCACUCUUUGAUCAGAAACACAGCUUAGAGCGUAAUGCAUAGUUAACUAAUAGCUAAUGCACAGUAACACAAUCUAAUAUCCUGUGCAAGCAAAGGCAUCUCACAACAUGCUCCAAGUCAAUUUCAUCAGUUUGGUCUUGGCUAAUAAGUGUUUCUUUUGUCCAAAGAGAAUUUAAAGAUGGAUGUCUCCAUACAGCAAGAGUAAGCCAGCACUCUAAGCACCAUAACCACUACAUGCUACUAUGUAGGUUGUAGAGUCAGGAUUCCCCAAGCUUCUGUCACACUGUUAAGAGUCAAACAGAUUUUAAAUGGUUUAAUAUUUACGUGGGUCUGCCAGGUGCUUUAGGUCUUGCCCCUCUUUCUAGAUUUUGCUAAAGUGGAAAUUCCCCUUUAACUUUAGCAUAUCAGCUCCAUCCUUCUUUGGACAGAAUUCAUUAGCUGAAAGAGUCAGCUGAUACUGAAUGAAGAGGAACCAAAAUUUUUAUAUCUAUUGCAGAUCAGGAACUUCUAUUUUUCACCUUCCAAUAUGCCAGUCACUGUUGGGCUUCAAACUGUGAGCAUACAUUUGAUAAGGAGGUCUUUCUGGCAUGAGGGUGUUUGACUAAGGAGGUAGGCUUAUGGUGCAGCAUUCUGAAAAAAAAAAUGCUUUGUGAAAAAAACUAUAAAGAUUUAAGCAUGCAAAAAAAAUAAAAAAAAAUAUUAAUUAUGCCAAAUCUAUUAAAUGCAUUUGUGUUGUAUUGGUGCCUGGAGUGUCCCUUUAAUUUUUAGUUUAUUUUACAUCUAAGUUAAAUAUGUUAUGGGGUUUGACAAUGUAUUUAUUUAUGUAUUUCUUUUUCCUCAGGUUGCGGCGUCCUUCAAGGCUUUUGUUUUGCAUGCUCCUUUUGAUAUCUAGUCAUGCCAAACCUUCGAAAUAGUCUGGACUUGGCACAUUCAAGCAGCUUACUUGCAGGACAAGUUCCAGACUCAAGCAUGAUGACUCUGUCAAGCACUGCAGAGCCAAUAGUGCGGAGUCUAUCAUACCUGACAGACAAGGUGAACUAUCCUGACCAUGUGUUUAUCAAUGCAGCAAAAAUCUUCCAGAAUAUUCACAUAAAGAGACCUCCAGAUCGGAUCCUGGUGAAAUAUGCCAAUGAUUUGGAACAUUCCAUUCCAGAGUUCACCGAUGAGAAAUCUCAACGCUGGUCUUACGAACUGGCUUUCAGUGCUCUAAAAUGUGAGUAUAAGCCAUUUAAAAUUGUAAAUAUUUCAUGUUACCAUGCAUUCAUCACUAGGGCUUCUCUUCUAUCCCUUACUAAUACACAUUUUUUUUUAUAUAUUUGCUUACUUAGGUUAUCUUUUUCCAUAGAUAGACUGCUUACAUGGUAAAAUAAAAAAAAUGUAAUGUAGAAAUUGCACCAUUCAGUUUUAAAACUAAACUUUUCAAUGUUUAUUAAGGAAUUCACGCAUGACAUCAGACUCUGCCACAGCUCUCUUCCAGUUUAGCAUCAAACUAUUGCAGGGGUUUAUCAGAGUGAUCUGUUCUAAAAAGUUAUCUGAAGUUCUAACAUUUGUCAAUCACCAUAGAAACGUAUAAAAGCUGCAGACACAUUCAGUUGUUGAUUUCUCUCCUUUUACAUGUUUGCAUUACUUUUAUAAUACUACCAAGUGUCCCUGUUUAGAAGGAACCGUCACUAAUACCUCUAUCCCUCUUUUCAGUUCCAAUGUCACUCUUUUCUAGAAUCUUAUUGUCAUUGAUUCACCUGAAUUGAUACCAAAGCUCCACAGCAAUAAUACUCACAGUAAUGUGUCUUUAAACUAAAAUAAAUAUGUUUAGAAAACACUGUAAAUAAUAUACAUUGUUCUUCGAUAUUACAUUUAAAUUUUUUUUUUAAUUUAUUUUAAUAAAGAUUUUAAACAUACAGUGAAGAAUAAGUAGCGAUUAACAAUGUGCCAAAGUUAACUAAAAGAUGAAGAGUAUACAAUGAAUUGUGGUACAGUUGACAAUUGUCCGUACAUACUGUGUGUAACUUGAGGCAGAGAGUAUAGGUUUCGAAGGUGUCAGUACAAAUGGCCCUGUUAAGGUUAGCUAGUUGGCGAGUUGUGGAAACCCAGUUUGCAUAAUAAUAUCAGAGCCUUGAGUAUCACUUUUUGUCUUUGGAGUCAGUCAUACUGUACACAAUAAGCAGGAGGGUGCUAACCAAUUGUCUACUCAUUUACACUGUACAGAUGUGAUAAUUAGGGACCGUGUGGGAGAAAGGGGGUGUAGGGUUGUGAGUGCUGCCUAAACCAUAAGAAAAAUCUAAUUGUUAAUAGAACAAUGGUGGGGAUUAUAGUAGGGGUGUGCAUGCCAGUCUCAUGUGGGUGAAUUUCAGCUGUACUUCUCCCUAGUGAAUUGUAAGGAACCCUGAAGUGGUAGCUAGGGGUUCGUAUGAUUUGAGCCGAACAGCAGAGAGCCUGAGUGAUUAUAGUUCGCCGUUCGGUUCCUCUAUUUGGUAGUUUAAAUCCCAAAGCCACGAAAUCCUCUAGUGUAGCUUUCCCCAGUAGCAAUCAGGUACCCAGACACCAGCCGAAACAUGAUGAAGGGUGUAACAGUAAUCAUGUUUAUUGAGACCACACAGGCUUUUAUGGAGGUCCCCUUGCAGGAGGACCUCCCACAGUACACAAACCAAAUGGAGAAUCAUAAGAUACACUCCCUGUCUCCGCCUGUGAGAUAAUGAGAUAACCCAAUUAUCUCAAAGCGAAGUGCAAACAUUUUCCCCAAAACUCAGAACACCCCUUUAUGCUUAAGGUAUCCCCACAAAUGUCAUAUCUCCUGAUAGCCCCGAUCUGGGGGAACAACAUAUUCAAAUUUCACCCAGAUCGGUUCAGAGGUUCUUAAAAAGUGUGGAAGUCUUAAGUUACCGUUGGUCAAUUCUGAAAAUGUCAAAUAACUCCAUAAUCCACGAACGGAGCCUCCUGGCUCAUAGGAGCGAUUGUUCCCCUCAUAUCAAUACAUCAAAGUACCGAAAAGCGCUCUCCUAGCUGUUCGGGAAAUAAAGUUCCAUCGUUCAUAUGUUUGAGACCGGUGUUCGGGAAGUCAAGUGUCCGAUUUUAGUUCAGACACAUGACUACCAAGUCCCGCUGCCUUUGUCCCGAACAAACAAGAGGGCCGCCGUUUUCUCCGCCACGUGACAUUCGUAUAUUCGAAUGGCGGCCACCAAGAGAGCGCUUAAUUGACGGGUUCCUUUGAAGUCAAUGAGCCAGGAGGGUGGUCGGUGUUCGGUAGUUUCAAUCUACCGAACCAAGGUGGCAUAAAAUAAACAAAUAAACCAAAUAGACGAAUGCUCAGAGAAAACCCUGAAAUCCCGGUGGGUUUUUUCACAUGUAUUCUAUGUGUAAUGUCGAUGAGGGAUAGCUACAGAAGAGGCCGUGUCAGGCAAUGAUAUUCCGGCAAGAGUUAAAUUUAGUGAUAAUGUCAGGGUGGGUGAGGGGGUAACUAUGUACAUGUAUGAGUAGAGUAUAUUGAAGAUAAAGAAGGAAAAAAUUAGAAAGAGAGAAAGAAUGGUGGCUAAUUUAAUGAGGAAAAGUGUUCUCUAUAUUACAUUUUAGUUGCAUAAAUUAUUAGUAAUUCACUUAAAAUUUACCAUGCCCCUUGGCCACACCCCCACUGAUCCAUCUGAAAUUAAAGUGUCCUUCUUUGUGCAUUUAAAAUGUUGGGAGGUAGUCUUUUUUGAACAGAACGCUUUGAUAAUCUCCCUUUUGAGAAUAUAAUGUUGCAGGCUCUUUAGAAAAUGCUCCUUUCCCCCACCUCAUCAUAUUGGCUUAUUGGCUUGUUGCUCUUCCAGCUCCUGUUCGCUGUCCACGGUAAGGCUGUUAGGGGUUGCACUGAUCUGUCUCUGGUGAUGAUAUCUGGCAGCCAUUGAACAGUAUAUGUUCACUGACAGUUUUAUAGAGAAUUGUGAUUGUUAUAGCCAUUAGCCAAUCAUAGAGCAACAGACAGUGUGACUUUAGAAGAUGUCUCUAUUCUUAACUUAAUAUUCCUAAAUCUGAGUGAGAGUUUUCCAGUCUUGUUGUGGCAUGCUGACAGGUAUUGAUCCAUGCAGCCUCUGUCCAUUCAUUUUCUAACAUUAUGUUACUGAUUAUCUGCCUCAUGCUGCCGAUCCAAAUCUAGAGUGAUACCACCAGAUACUUUGGCCUUUCUCUCCAUACUAUUUUCCAUUGUCUUGCUUAAACGUUUGUUUUAUUUCGGUUAUUGACGUUGUAAUGAUUUAAACAUACAUAUCUGGGCAUCAAGUUCCCACUUUGUUCUGUUUUCUAAUGCCCUACAGCAGGAUUGUCAAAUCAUUUGUUCUGGAGGGGAAAAUUGUCCACUGAAAUAGGUAUGGAGGGCCGAAUGCAUAACAUUUCUAUAUACACGAACACGCAAACAGGAAACAAAGCGGGCACAUAGAAUAACUUCACAUAAUAUCAUAAAUGUGUUUACAGCAAUAAAAAGGUGCACUUGUAAGUAAUGUUGCAAUUGUAAUGCAGUGCAGUAUUUGUCAGUUCAAUUCAUCGGCUCCGCAGGCUGUAUGCUUGUCAGCCUUGCUCUACAUUUUCUAAGUUCCUAUGUUUUUAAGUUUCCUUAUGCCCUUCUGUAUGCCCUCUAUUAAGCUAGCUCUCAGGUAUGCCUUAUGCUUGAGACCAGGUGCUUACCAUAUUAACCCCUUAGCUACCGAACUUAUUCUCAACUAUGUUUCACUCCAUUGCUUAAUGGAUUUUAGCACUUUUUUGGCCUCAUUGCCAGUCACAUUUUUCCGUUCAGCUUUUCUGAAAAAUCUCCACAAAUUACAUGUUUUGUAUGGUUAUGGUUGUUGUUGUUGUUGUUUUUAAAUUUAUUUAUUUUUUAAUUAUUUUUAAAAAACCCCACUAUAUAAAAUUAGUUUGUCUUUAUUUGGACCCUUACAUGCAAAGGAAAACAUUUAUUAUUUAGAAAUUGUAAUAAAAUGCAUGUCAAAUAAUAAAUGUAUUAGCAUAAUGCAACUUUUUAUUUUAUUUUUUAAAAUCUUCAUACUUAUGACUGGUCUUAGUUUUAUCUUCAUAAAGCACAAACACAUAGGGUUAUAUCAUAUCUCUUAUAAGGUAUACGCAUUUCAUAAGUAGAAUAAGAUGCUUUUUGAUCUCCUCGAUAAUUAUGACUGGUAAAAUAACAUUUUGUUUUUUUAAUGAACAAAAUCUACUACACUCCAUUUGUUGAAGAUAAAAGUUAUGCAAUAAGCCAGGAAUAUAACUAUUAUAUAAAGUAAAUAAAAUGCAUUCCUCACUCGAAUUAUGGUUUGCAGCAUAUUUUAGACUUGUGUGGAAAUGUAUUACUUAUUUUAAAAUUUUCAUUUGCAAAUAUAUGUUGCCAAUACCACGUGAUAUAAUUUUUGCAUAACAUCAAAAAUCACAAGAUCUCCUGUGUCAUCCCAAUAAUAGUGGUGCUUUUUAUUUUCUUAGUAACGAUGUACAAGAUAGCGGUACUUUUAAUUUUCUUAGUAACGAUGUGCAAGAUAGCGGUACUUUUAAUUUUCUUAGUAACGAUGUACAAGAUAGCGGUGCUUUUUAUUUUCUUAGUAACGAUGUACAAGAUAGCGGUGCUUUUUAUUUUCUUAGUAACGAUGUACAAGAUAGCGGUGCUUUUUAUUUUCUUAGUAACGAUGUACAAGAUAGCGGUGCUUUUUAUUUUCUUAGUAGCGAUGUGCAAGAUAGCGGUGCUUUUUAUUUUCUUAGUAACGAUGUACAAGACAGCGGUACUUUUUAUUUUCUUAGUAACGAUGUGCAAGAUAGCGGUGCUUUUAAUUUUCUUAGUAACGAUGUACAAGAUAGCGGUGCUUUUUAUUUUCUUAGUAACGAUGUACAAGAUAGCGGUGCUUUUUAUUUUCUUAGUAACGAUGUGCAAGAUAGCGGUACUCUUAAUUUUCUUAGUAACGAUGUACAAGAUAGCGGUGCUUUUUAUUUUCUUAGUAACGAUGUACAAAGUAGUGCAAAAUGGCAGCUAACAAAUUUAAUAAUUAUAAUUUUUUUCUUUUUUACAAAGGAGUAUAAAACAAUAAUAAUAGUGUGUACAGGAGUAUUUCUCCAACUUCUAUAUGAUGUUUGAUGUGAAACAAGGGUAGUUGUUUGAACGUGAACAUUCCCUGUUUAUAGAUAUAGAAAAAAGAGAAAAUAAGGUCUCUUAAUAGGGAACCAUCCAACUUAUGAGGGCCUAACCCUAAUUGUGAAUAUCAGAAUUGUUCCAAGAAAAGGAACCAACAAAACGUUGGAUAGCCUUUUUAAAUUAAGAGCAUAUAGCUUAAAGUUAAGAAAUCCCAAAAUAACAGAUAAUAAAAUAUAAAAAAAAUAAGAUAAUACCCUCACAUAUAACCAGUGCUGAUUUAUAUGGGAAAAAUCCUUUUAUUAAAUGCCAGGGUAAAUGUAGAGUGGUAUGUCACCUAAAUGUCUCAAAAUAGGAGUAAGUUCACCACUACAGGGGAGGUGAUAUGAAUAAAUGAGUGAGUCUGCCUUAGUUAUACUUGCAGAAAUCAGUAAUUGUUGCAAAUUGUAUUAUCCUCUCUUCCCCAAGUGGCAACAAAAUAGCAGUAGUAGUGACCAUUAGAACACAUAGAAAAAAUCUGCAUAGGGAAAUACUAGAGGUAUGAAAGCAUCAGUCCUGUUUAGAUCAUGCACACAGCCCGUAUCUUACAAUGAGUUGCCCAGGCACCUAAAAUAAGUGCCUCUCCCAGCUAAACGCAAGAUAACUUAAUCCUACUAAUAAAUCUCUAUAUUUAUAAAGUGCAUACAUACAGACUGAUCCCUGAGUUCCCUCACUCCAAAAUUAUUCUAGGUUACUAGAUAAAUCUCUCUUUAAUGGGUUAGUGAUCAGCGGAAACUAAACGCUAACUGCAUCCUAUAUCUGAGACUUACUAAAUCUUUCUUCCCAAGUACUACAUCAAUAAGUCAUCUUAACUUUGGCUUAAAACUGGAUACAUUUCAGUCAAUGCCAAUUAAAUUCCUAUAGGAAAGCAUUGGGGAGCUAUUGCGCAUGUGUGGCAAAAUGCUGUGCUUACCCGCACCAAUCAGCAUCUCCUCAUAGAGAUGCAUUGCAUCAAUGCAUCUCUAUGGGGAGUGAUCAGCACCUCCAUGCAGAGUGGGUAGCACUGGACUAGCAAGCUCUAUAGUGGCCGUCUGAGUGACUGUCCCUAGAGUUGUGCCUAGGCAGCAAUGUAGACCCUGCAUUUUCUCUGAAAAGGUAGCAUUUACAGCGCUCAGCCUACAGGGACAGGCUAUAGACACCAGAACCACUACAUUAAACGUCUUUCUCUCACCGGUCAACUCUGAGUUACAGGGAGAGCAGGAGACACAAGUGAAGAUGCAUUUUGUUUGUGUCUUUCUCCCCCAAGCCCCUUUCAUGUGUCUCUAAGCCCCAGCCCCAUUGUCUCUUUCUCCCUUUCCCUAGCCCUUCUGUGAGUCCCUUUCCCAGGCCCCAGCACCUCUAUGUGAAUCUUUCCCCACAGCUCCUCUGUGUGUCUCAUUCUCCCCUAUCCCAGCCCCUCUGUGUGUCUCUUGUUCGUCUUCCUCAGCUCUUCUGUGUGUGUCUCCUGUUCUCCUUUCCCAACCCCUCUGUCUCUUUCUCCCCACACUCCUCCGUGUGUCUUUUUACUCCACAGCCCCUCCAUGUGUCUCAUUACCCCACAGCCCUCCAUGUGUCUCAUUCCACCCUCUCCAGUCUUCCAUAUGUCUCAGUAGUCCCCACAUGUGUCUUAUUAGCCCUCUCUCUGUCCAUAUAGCCCCCCCCAGCCCUCCAUGUGUCCCACUAGCCCUCCCUCCCAGCCUUCCAUGGCUUCCUCUAGCGCCCUCCAUGUGAUCCUAUGCCCCCUUCCCAGCCCUGUAUGUGUCUCAUUAGCCCUACCAUGUGUCUCAGUAGCGCCCCCAUGUGUCCCAUUCGCCCCCCAGCCCUCCAUGUUUCCCAUUAGCCCCCUCCCAGCCCUCCAUGUGUCCCAAUAAGCCCUCCACAGCCCCCAUGUGUCCCAAUAGGCCCUCCCCCAGCCCCCAUGUGUCCCACUAGCCAUCCCUCCCAGCCCCCAUGUGUCUCAUUAGCCCCCUCCCAGCCAUCCAUGUGUCCCUAUACCCCUUCCCAGCCCUCCAUGUGUUCUUAAAUCCCCCGCCCAGCCCUGUGUGUCCCAUUAGCUCCCCUCAGCUCUCCUUGUGUCCCAUUAGCUCUCCCCAGCUCUUUGUGUCCCAUUAGCUCCCCCCUCAGCUCUCCUUGUGUCCCAUUAGCUCCCCCCAGCUCUCUGUGUCCCAUUAUUCCCCCCAUCUCUCUCUGUGUCCCAUGAGUUUCCCAGCCGCCAUGUUUCUCCCUGGAGUCACUCCUAGGCAGCUCCUUGAUACACAGUGGACUCGGGAACACCCAAUACUCACCCCCUCCAUCUCUGGAGCGCACAGAGGCCAUGGGUCAAUGUUCUCAAAAGCCGGAAGGCAGGGACAUAGGAGUCAUGCUCCAAAAACCCUCACAAGCUAAAACAAGAAGCGGUCACAGAAGCAGUCACAUCACAGCAAAUACUGGAGGCCCAGGGAAACCUCACCUCAGACACCUGAUGCAGCUCGACAGCCUCCCCAGGAGCUCACAGGGGGUUCGGCACCAGCAACAAAAGAUGACCUCAGGGUCUUGCUUACAGACCUCCAUAGAAUGAUGGCAGCAGACCGAGCCCUCGCACAGAAGGAGAUCCAGGCAGUCUCCGCCCGGGCACAGGCCACAGAAUGAACUGUACGAGAUGUACAGGCAGCAGUUACCACGCUCAGCAAAAAGGUCCUCUAGCUUCAAAAUAACUAGCACUCAAUGCUCAUGCAACUAACCACGGUGGAGGAUUGUCACCGCUGCAACCAUGUAAAAAUCUGCGGCAUCCCCGCAGCAAUAACUGUGGAUGAAUUGCCUCACUAUAUCCGGAGGCUACUGGCCACUACCUUACCGUCAGUGAUGGCCAAGAAGAUGACCCUAGAUGGGGCCUGUAGAGUUGCGGGAAACCCAAAAAAUACCACCUCCAUGCUGCGAGAUGUAAUCCUGAAAUGCACCUCAUAUGCAAAUCGAACCCGCAUUAGGUCUGCUCUGCAGGGCAAAACUCCUGUACAAUUCGAGGACUCACAACUCUAAUUUUAUCAAGAUCUCUCCAGGGCCACCCUGCACUGGUGCAGGACCAUGGCGCCUUUUACAACCAAACUACGUACGUAGAAGGCUCCAUGCAUCCACUACCCUCUCAGUAAAGUAAUACUUCCUGAUAUUAAUUUUAAAUCUUUCGUUGUGGUAGUUUUUCUUCGUUUAAAUAUAGUCUCCUCCUUUACUGUGUUGAUUCCUUUUAUGUAUUUAAAUGUUUCUAUCAUAUCCCCCCUGUCUUGUCUUUCCUCCAAGCUAUACAUGUUAAGUUCCUUUAACCUUUCCUGAUAAGUUUUAUCCUGCAAUCCAUGAACCAGUUUAGUAGCCCUUCUCUGAACUUCUCUCUAAAGUAUCAAUAUCCUUCUGGAGAUACGGUCUCCAGUACUGCGUACAAUACUCCAAGUGAGGUCUCACCAGUGUCCUGUACAAUGGCAUGAGCACUUCCCUAUUUCUACUGCUAAUACCUCUCCCUAUACAACCAAGCAUUCUGCUAGCAUUUCCUGCUGCUCUAUUACAUUGUCUGCCUACCUUUAAGUCAUCAGAAAUAAUCACCCCUAAAUCCCUUUCCUCAUAUGUUGAGGUUAGGACUCUAUUCUGUACUCUGCCCUUGGGUUUUACAUCCAAGAUGCAUUAUCUUGCACUUAUCCACAUUAAAUGUCAGUUGCCACAACUCUGACCAUUUUUCUAGUUUACCUAAAUCAUUUGCCAUUUGGCUUAUCCCUCCUGGAACAUCAACCCUGUUACAUAUCUUAGUAUCAUGAGAAAAAAGACAUACCUUACCAUCAAGACCUUCUGCAAUAUCAGAGAAUCCGAUCCAAAGCGGAAAUCCCUGCAAUGUUGACCACAAUGGGCCUCACAACACCGGCACAACUUGUCCCAGCCUGAGUAGUAACCUGUCGAGCUGGCAUUUCGAACUCCCACGUGACCUGAAAAAACGGAAGGAUGACAUCGGCUUUACCAUACCCUGGAACUGUAACUUCACCUAGUUUGUUUUAAGAGUUUGUAAUUUACUUUAUUUUUAUUUAUCUUUUCUUUCAAGUUGCAUACUAACGAAUUCAUUGGAUAAAGGACUGCCUCCCCAUUUGUAGGAAACCCAGCCCACACAACCACACAGCCAUAGCAGAAAACCUGGUCGGCAGCGCGCAAGGGCACUAACUUACUCUCCCCCCCCUGCCGUGCCCCCUUGGUUAGGGGCAUAUCUUAUCUGUGCAUAAUCCCUGUAAAAUGCUUACUAUCAAUGCCAACAACAGCAAGUGCCAGAGACCCCACUCCAUACGAACACCAACUACAUGCGGAAGCACUCUCGAUUGGGGACUCCUCAGGGGGCAUCCAAAGGGAAACCUACACAACCGAAAUGGAGCUUCUGGUCACACCCAGGCCAUACAGGCCUCUCUACUUUUUGUCCUGUUUAUAAACGCAAUCUAUACUUCAUGCGCAGUACAACAUCUUGACUUGCACAUUAAAGGACCACUCUAGGCACCCAGACCACUUCAGCUUAAUGAAGUGGUCUGGGUGCCUGGUCCAGCUAGGAUUAACCCAUUUUUUUUAUAAACAUAGCAGUUUCAGAGAAUGGGUUAAGCCUUCCUCCAAUUCCUCUAGUGGCUGUCUCAUUGACAGCCGCUAGAGGCGCUUGCGUGAUUCUCACUGUGAAAAUCACAGUGAGAACACGCAAGCGUCCAUAGGAAAGCAUUAUGAAUGCUUUCCUAUGCGAUCGGAUGAAUGCGCGUGCAGCUCUUGCCGCGCGUGCGCAUUCAGCCGAAUGGGAGGAAUGGAGGAGGAUCGGAGGAGGAGAGCUCCCCACCCAGAGCUGGAAAAAGGUAUGUUUUUACCCCUUUCCUCUCCCCAGAGCCGGGCGGUAGGGGGUCCCUGAGGGUGGGGGCACCCUCAGGGCACCAUAGUGCCAGGAAAACGAGUAUGUUUUCCUGGCACUGUAGUGGUCCUUUAAGAUGAUUACACUACUGACAUGCUAUUGUUUGCUUUGUCUACUAAUUUUAAAAAAGUGUGACUUCAUCAUAUGCCAAGUAUAUGUAACCAGUUUUUUUGGAAUAUUUUCCUUGUCUAUACUCUCUUGGCCACAUUGGCACAACUGUUAUUACGUGCACUGCAAAAAUCAAGAAUUUAAAAAAAAACAAAAAAACUAUUGUAACUCUUCCAAAAUAGCCUGUUACUAAGUACCUGCCAGUAUAAAUGAGAUCUAUAUUUAAUCCCGUUUUCUGUUCUGUAGAGUAUGUAGAACUGUAUGAGAUAAUCAUACUUAAGGUAUUUAAAGUUCUCAACAAAGUAAUUAAGAAACAUGUGUUUAGUUAUCCCAGGAAUGGCCCCAUAGGGAUAGUGCCAAAGAUGGAUGAAGAAGAUGAACCUUUAAUUACAAAGGUUUUAAUAGCCGAUAAAUCCUGGGUAGCAUAAGCCCUAGAGACUGAAAGUUCCCUAUAAAGAAACUCCAUAAUAUCAGGUUGAAUAAACCAGAAUGGGCAAUAUGAAAAUAUAUUGUUUUUAUUGACAAUAAAAUGAAUGGGGCAAUGAUUGCCGGGAAAAUGGCUGUGUAGAGAGUGCGAAGAUGACUGUAGCAGCAACAAUAGCAAAAAUCUCCCUCAGUUGGCAUAUAAAAAUGUAAUGAAACUGCUGUACAAAAUGAAUGUUCAAUGAAAAAAAAAUAUAAUCUAAAAGUGCACAAUAAUAGAUUCAUUGAAUCGUCAUAAAAAAGAAAAUCAAGUGGUGUCAGUAUUUCUUUAAAUAUAAUGAGUUCAUGUGAAGAUUAGAGAAGAUGAGAAUAUAUGCAUCUAAUCUAUACAUAACAAAAUAUUGUCACAUAAACUGAUCUGCACAUUCUUUGGACAUUGCCAUGGCUGUAGAUGAAGUGCAAGACCUCUCAUAAUACUAAAAGUUGUGGAAUUGUACAGCGCCACAUAGGUGUGAGGUGGCUGCUCGUGUUGCCCCUCCUAAACUCUUUUUUGAAGGAGGUGAAAAAAGUCAAAAAGCACCUUGGAUCUUGUACUGGUUGCAAUAAUAAUAAUGUUGUCUGUAAAGGAACACUACAGGGUUAAGAAUACAAACAUGUAUUCCUAAUACUACAGUGACCUGCUCCCCCCUUGUGUGUAGGAAAAAGGUAAUACUUUUUUUUUAACUUCUUUCCCCCUCCCUUGCCAUAGUGGUCUCUCCAUGGCCAAACCCACCUCUGUGGCUGAGAUCAUAGGAAAGCAUUGGGAGGCUAAAUUUCAUGCAUGGUAGAAUAUCGUGCAGCUCCAAUCAAAUGGUCUCUGUUAUACCAUCUCUUAAAUAGCCGGCUAACUCAGAUAUUGGGGUGGAAGCGUGCUUGAGUGACAGCCACUAAAGGCAUGUUAUCCCUGAAAUGUUUUCAGUUGCGGGGUUAAAUAACAGGUGCAUGGCACCCAGAUCACUUCAUUGAGAUGUAGUGGUCUGGGUGCCUAUAGUGUACUUUUAAGUAAUGCUGUGCCAAUCUCUUUUAAUAAAAAUCUUAAAUUUGUAUUACCCAUGUAUAGGAGUUUAAAAGCUGUGCUUACUUCCAACUGAAUUUAUAUUUUCAUGCCAUUGACAGAUGAUUGGCGAUCCCUGCCUUGCUACACUAUCCUACCAUCUUCUUCCCUUUUAUUUGUGAUUUUACUCGUACAGAGGUUUUUUUUUUUACUGACUUUAGCACUAAAAUGUCAGGUUUUAGCUGUCUCACAUGCUAAUUGUGGAGCUAAAUCCUCCAUCUGAUGUUAAAGUGGGUGAAAAGGGACCAAAGUGAGACAGGAAUAAGGGGUGACUAGUACUCUUCAGACACUCAUAGUAUCCGCGGGCCAUUAACUGUAAAGUGAGAGAGAGUGUGUGUGUGUAUGUGUAUGCGCGUGUAUGCGUGCGUGUGACGCACACCAGUAAACCUGCUCCUGCAGAUACAAUUGUUGAGAAGUAAACUUGGAAACAACUUUAUAUAUUCAUGAUUACGAUGUUUCCUUUUGCUGAAAUUUCCCUCCGGUUAUCAAUGUUUACAGGUAAGUGCACACCCUGUGUAAGUGGUCACUCAAUGUUGUCUAAUUCUGUUGAAGGAAAUAUGAAUGGGGACUUGCUGCAAGUGACGAAAGCAUUAACAUAAGUAUAUUUAACUAACAGUGUUUGAAAGAUAAGAAUUCACAAAUAACUGAUAACCUGCUCCAUCUAUUUGACCAAAGGGACACUUAUGCAUUCUUCAUAUCAUGUGACAUGUGACUGUUACUUAAGCACAUUCUCGUCAAAGGUGCAACCAUUUCAGUUUUCUUUACAAAUUCUUAGCUCCGACUAGUAACUGUAUGCUGGGGCUAUAUUGUUUAUAUAGCAGGUGACUGUGUUCUUUGUACAGCAAUGCUAACUUGCCCACUGGUGCCAGGCACCUCUUAGCAAGGUGUUUUGAGAUAUAUAAAUAUAAAUUUCAGGGAUGUGGAAUUCCUGUCACUUAAUGCCAAUGACAUGUAGAUAAAGGCAUCAGGCAGGUUGCUUUUUUCAUCUUGUUAUCCCUGCUACAGACAACUAGAUUGUGGCAUCAGCACUUGAUGUAUACAUGUGGCAUUGCUCGUAUUGAUGCCUAAGCAGAUCGUGCACAAGUCUACUUUGCAGUCAUCAAAGAUGUAAGCAGUGAAAUGGCAAACCACUAAUAAUGACUUCAUCUACCAUAAUACUUUUACAGCUAUAAUGCUGACAAAGCAUCAGGGGAUGUAUAGUCCACAGCAUUUGCAGUGCUGAAGGCUGCAUACUCAUGGAAUAGAGGGUGGGAAAACAGGGCCUUGACAGUGGGGCGGGGGGUUGAAAUGGACUUUUGGCUAUGGGAGGAUGAAGAGGUGGAGAAUGUGGUGCCAAAAAUAAAACGUGCUUAUUAAUUGGGGAAUGGGUAUGAAAAUAUAUACGCUUUCACAGAAUAGUCCUUCAUACAUAUAAACCCCUGCAUUAACACACACUGAGCAAUGUCACACAUAUGCCCCUGUAUUUACACACACCAAGCCUCCCCACAUGUACACAACUGUAUUUACACAUAUUAAGUCUGUAGACUCCGGAUCAUCACACCUGUAUGAGCUUGUUGCACAUCCCAUCCCAUCCCAAAACCAUGGGCAUUAAUAUGGAGUCCAUUCUCCCCCUUUGCAGCCACCACUUUUCUGGGGAGGCUUUUCACAGGAGUAGUGUGUUGGUGAUAUCAGGCACUGGUAUCGGACUAGGAGUUCUGGCUUUCAGUCUGUGUUCCAAAUAAUUACAAAGGUGUUGAGGUCAGAACUUUCUGCAAGUCAGUCGAGCUCCCCUACAGCGAACCUGGUCUUUGUGGACCUUGCUUUGUGCUGGAAAAAUUGCCACACAAUUUUGGAUGCACCCCAUUGUUUGAAAUGUCUUUGUAUUCUCUAGCAUUCCUGGUUAAAGGAACACUACAAGACCAGGAACACAAAUGUAUUCUUGACCCUAUAGUUUUAAAAACACUAUCUAGCUCUCCCAUACCCUCCUAAUUAUAGUAAAAUAUUACCUUUAUUCCAGUCUGAUACUUAUGGUUCUACCCCUGAUCUGCUUCCUUGACUGACAUCAUCAGAAGUGAUUAUCUCAGCCAAUCACAAUGCUUUCCCAUUGUAAAGCAUUGGAUUGGCUGAUAUUGUCAAUUCUAAUCAUCCCAGCCAAGGAGGCAGGCUGGGGUCAGAGCCAACACCACCCAGACCAAUCAGCAUCUCCUCAUAGAGAUGCAUUGAAUCAAUGCAUCUCUUUGAGGAAAGUUCAGUGUCUCCAUGCAGAGAGUGGAGACAUUGAAUGUUAGUGCUGCUGCCCCAGGAAUCACCUCUAGAAGCCAUCUGAGGAGUGGCCACUGAAGGUUUUUCCUAGUCUGCAAUGACCCCCAGCAGCACCCCAUUUAUGCAUGUUCAGGUGAGUGCAGCCCCCUGGUUUCAUAUAUAUAUGGGAGUCUAGCCAACUCCUUGGUUUUGCACCCCUCCCUGUCACAAUAUUAUUAUUAUUAUGACCCCCAGCUCCUAUCAGGUGCUACAUGCUUAUAGCAAAAAGCUAGUAAGCUCCUCCAGAUGUCAUGUCCAUGUCAUUGUCUACUGUACACUAUGGAAAUAUGGGUCUCAUGACCAGGUAAAUCACAUUUCUGUAUAUAGUGAAAUUAAUUAGAUUCUCCUUUAAUACUAGCUGAGGGUCUGAAAGCUCCAGAAAAAGACAUUCCAUUUUAUAAUGUACUUCUUGUUAUACGCGUAAUACACAGGGAUUUAGAUAAUCCUUCACCAGGUUACUGUGAUUCUGUCAUCUCAUUGUGUGUAUGUGUUUAAUGUAUAUGUUGGCUUUUAGCACUGUCUUCUCAGGUUACAAAUAGAAAAGUGACAGGGUCUGAGCUUUUUGUAUUGAUUUUAAUAAGAUGGUGUGUUUGCUGAGUAAAUACAUUAAUCCAAAAGCCAAUCUGUUGUGUCAUCAGGGUACUAAACAACUGUCAGUUGUAGCCACUAAAUACACAAAACAAACACAAUCCUAUUCAUUUAUUUUGCAACACUAAUGCAACUGUAACCUUAAGCGCCUGCUAAAGGUGUAAAGCCUUAUUUGGUAGACCGUCACUAGAGGGGGAGUUAACCCUGAUUGGUAAUUAUUGCAGUUUCUCAGAAACUGCAAUAAUUACCACUGUGGGGUUAAGUGACAUGGGACAUUGCACCCAGACCACUUCAAUGAGCUGUAGUGGUCUGGAUGCCUAUAGUGUCCCUUUAACCUUUUCUAGGCCAGCAUGUAUUGUGUGUAUUAACAAUGGCAAGAAAAAGUACGUGACCCCAUUGGAAUUAGUUGGUUCUCUGCCUGAAUUGGUCAUAAAAUGUAAUCUCAUCUUCAUCGAAGUCUAGACAAACACAAUUUGCAUAAGCUUACAAUAUGUGGAAAAAGUAAUUGAACACUUGGGUUUAAUAGUUAGUUGAUCCUUUUUUGGCAGCAAUAACCCCAACCAAGUGUUUCCGGUAUCCACGGAUUAGAACUGCACAAAAUUCAGGAGGAAUUCUGGGACACUCCUCCUUACAAAACUGCUUCAACUCAGCCAGGGUGUCUGGUGUGAGCUCACUUGAGGUCAUUCCACAGCAUCUCUAUGGGAUUAAGGUCUGGGCUCUGACUGGGUCACUCCAAAAGGUGUAUUUUCUUUUUUUUUAAGCCCUUUUGUAGUGGACUUACUUCAGUGUUUAGGAUGAUUGUCCUGCUGCAUCACCCAACUUCUACUGAGCUUCAACUGGCGUAUAACUACCCUAAUAUUAUCCUGUAGGAAAUCUUGAUACACUUAGGAAUUAAUUUUCCCUCAAUGAUGGCAAGUUGUUUAGGUCCUGAAACAGGGAAGCAACCCCAAAUCAUAAUGCUCCCUCCACUGUGCCUUACCCUUGGGAUGAUGUUUUAAUGUUGGUAUGCGCAAAUAGAAACAUAGCUUUGCCCCUACGAUUAGGGAAUGGAUUCAAAAGGUAGAGGAUAUGAGAGUAAUGAAAGAAUUACAUUACUCACUCACACACAGAUACACUCUGUACACACUAAUAUGGGAAUCGUGGCUCAAAUGUAUGGAUAAAGAUACAUAGAGGUGCUUACACCAUAAAAAAAGCUACUACUACACCGUUUCUCGUGUUAUCACUCAAAGGGAUAGAAUUUGGGUAUAGACCCAAAAGACCCCAGUACCAAAUAGUUUAAUUAAUCAAGUUUCGUUAAUUUAGUUAGUAAUAAAGACAAUCUGUAACAUUGGAAGCGAACAUGAGCAGCUUAGUUAACACAUCAGUCUUGAAACCUUCGUAAGGAUAGAGAGCUUUGAUGAUGGGAUACAGUCCACGACUUAUUACUCAAUUACCAAUAACAGCCAAUACUGGCUUAAUAUUAAUAGAUGAGCUCACAGGACCCGGGACUACACGGACUUCCUCAUUAACAAAUCCAUGAACCUAACUUGGGACUCCACCACUACACACUCAGCCCUCCUGAGAGGCCAGAAGAGUCACCCAACAAAGUUAGUGUACGGGUUUGAUACAUUUAAGAUAAGAUGUCUCGAAAGUCGUGUAUAUCAAUUGCCGAACAGAAAUAUAACAGGCUCUGCAAUGUGAUUUAAUUUCACUGUACUUUGAUUUAAUUUUACUAUACCAUUGUCCUCAUCUUAAAGGAACACUAUAGGGUCAAGCACACAAACAUGUAUUCCAGACCCUAUAGGCUUAAAACAACCAUCUAGCUCCCCUUGCCCCCUUGUGCCUCCCUAAAUAUAGUAAAAUCUUACUUGUAUUCAAGUCUGGAGCUGCUUGCUUUGUCCCUGUUUCCUUUUGACCUGCCUGCUGACAUCAUCAGAAGUGGUGGCCUGAUCCAAUCACAAUCCUUCCCCAUUGGAUUGACUGAGACUGACAAGGAGGCAAUUCAGGGGCAGAGCCAGCACAAUUUAAACACAGCCCUGACCAAUCAGCAUCUCCCCAUAGAGAUUAAUUGAAUCAAUGCAUCUCUAUGAGGAAAGUUCAGUGUCUGCAUGCAAAGGGAGGAUAUACUGUUAUGUUGUGAUCCAUUUUAGGCAGCCAUGACCCAGGAAGGAUCUCUAACAGCCAUCUGAGGAGUGGCCAGUGAAGUUAUCCCUAGGCUGUAAUGUAAACACUGCAUUUUCUCUGAAAAGACAGUGUUUACUGCAAAAAGCCUGAAGGUAAUGAUUCUACUGACCAGAACAAAUUCAAUAAGCUGUAGUUGUUCUGGUGACUAUAGUGUCCUUUUAAGCAAUUGUUAUGUUGUAAAGGAGAUACAUGCAUGAUCAAGUUAUGUUAUUGCUAUAUAAUGCCCCAUUGUUACAUAUGUAUUAUCUUUACAAAUGUAUUAUCUUGAACAACGUUUUCACCGCUGAUACUGUUGGGGCACUAUGGGACUGUAUGUUUCUUCUUAACCACUUACUUUUUCUUGCCAUUGUAUGCGAUCUUCAGUUUAGUAUUGAAUUAAACAUUAUAGUCCGAUGUACCCUUUACUUUGCUCCUGUACUGUUUUUCACUCUGUAGAGAUAUACAUUUUUCUAUUGCUCUGUUCUGUUCUAUUUUAACUCUGCACAGGGCUUGUAAAUAGCUCUACCCACCUCCAUUCUUCACAUCCUAGCACACUUCGCAGUAGUAUAGCAUUUCUGUUUCUCCUUGUAACACAUAUAAUCCUUAAAAUAAUGUAAUUUAACAUUUUCAUAAAGAUUUGUCUUGAUUUCAAUUUUUACAUUUUUUUUUUCUUUUUUAGACCAAGACCUUCUUGAAAAUAUAUUAUUAGACAGCGGUUUCUAUUAUUCUCAACUGGUGGUGAGUACAAUAUUUUGAUAGGAUUGCUAAAUUAUAGUUGAAUAAUAAGUCAUAUAAACUCUAUAUUAUCAUGUUGCGUAGGUCAACAAAUAUAACAAACUCCUUUAUUGAUGAUUUGAGGAGUGCUGUAAUAUUACAGAAUAACAUAAAUAUAAGUGAUCUUUCUACAUAGAGUGCAAAGAGUAUAAUAAGUCACAUCAUUUUCUUAGCAUUAACCAACUUAAUGAUACUCAUUGUAUGAAGACUGUGACCCUGCAUGUGAGCUGAUACAAUAGGAGAUGCAUUUGUUAGACAAGCCACUUCUCCAGAUAUCUACAACUACAAAAUUGCAAAAUCUAUAUGGUUAUACAAACAUGAAAUGAGGAAAUAUUAACACGUCCAGUGGACAUAGGGUUGGUGGGAGUACCAGGACAGGAGUUUGAGGUCUGCAGAACGCUUGGCAAUUACUUGCGCGCUAUUUGACAGUCACGAUAGUAUUUGCUACAACCCAAAUCCCAAUUCAAUAUCCAAUUUUGUUUUGAAAUCCAAAAUAAUAAUAUUAUGUAUAUUUUUAGUUAAGUGCGAAUAAACAAUAAUACCUUUUUGGAUUUUUCUUCUCUUGUUUUUCCCUUCUGAUAUCCAUUUUUAGGGUGAUGAAAUGACCAGUUUGGCUGUGGUCAUGCUGUAUGAUUUCCAGGAUCGAAAAUUCCAACCUCGUUACGCAUAUGAUAACGACGAAAUCAUAGAAGAAGUGCGAGAAGUUGAAAAGCUUUUGUACAGGUACAAAACCAGUGAAAAAGCUGCAACGCCUUUCUUAUGUUCACUGUUUUCAUUCAAAUAUGUUUGAAAGCUUGUUAGCAUUUAAAGAUCAGAAACAUUUGGGUUAAAGAGACACUUUAGUCACCAGAACAGCUUCAGCUUAAUGUAGUUGUUCUGGUGUCUAUAGUCUGUCCCUGCAGGCAUUUCAAUAUAAACGCUGCCUUUUUAGAGAAAAUGCUGUAUUUACAUUGCUGCCUAGGGACACCUCAAGUGGUUCUCACUCAGACGGCCGCGAGAGGUGCUUCCUAGUCCAGUGCCGCACAUGCACAAUAGCCUACCAAUACUUUCCUAUGGGAAAACAUUGGACUGGCUGAAAUCAUCAAGAUUAAUUAUCUUAGCCAUAAAGACGAGGCCAACCGUGUUGACACUGGUGCAGAGUGGUUAAAAAGGUGAGUAAAAACAGCUUUCUUAAACAAUCUAAGGAUCAGUAAUAAAUAUUUUUAUUUCUGAUAUAGUAGUGUUCUUUUAAUGUUCAUUCAACGUUGUUACUGGUAUUUGACUUGUUAUAAUUUCUGUAACUAUUUGCUUACACCAGUGGUUUAAGUGACUGGUAUACCUGUGUGGCCGCUGUAGGGAAUUUGGCCAAGCCAGAGACAGGUCUUGCAGUUUAAAAUGUUCACACAGGGAGAUUUCCUUAGUGUGUAAAUAUUAAUGUGUUCUCUGCUGCAUUAUAAAUAUGCUAUUAUCUACUUUUUACUCCUUUCAAACCAUUAAUAUAAUGUUUUUAAUUUAUUUUAUUUUAUUUUUUCAUGUCAGUUUUGUUUUAAAGACAUACAAUGGAAUGGAAAUGGAAAUACUACAUAGUAUAUAAACAUUAAUUAGUGUCUGGCAAUCUUAAACUUUUUUUUUAAUCCAAUUUUUAGAUAUAGAACUAAACUGGCUGCUUCUCUCGCAAGAAGUCGAAUAAAAUAUUCUGCUCCUGCUAUUGAAUACAUACUACCUGAGAAUGUACGGAAAGAAGAACUGAGAGCAUCAAAGUUACCCCUCUAUGCAUGGGUCAAUACAGCCAAAACCAGGUAGGUUCCUUGUUCACAUUGAGCUAUUUGUAUUUUUUUUUAAAUCUGUCAAUUUGUAGAAUCAGGGUGUCAUUGUGGCAUUAAUGCUGCUUAUGGUUGAUAGUCUGAACUGGAGAAAUGGAAAUAUAUAUAUUUAGAAAGACGUUUCAGUCUCACUGAGAGACUUUUAUCAAAGUUGAAUCCUUGAGAUGGCAUUAUUUUUCCCUUACACAUUUUUCCAAUAUGUAUCUUUUCUAUUACAUGAUCAUUUUAGACUAGGGUUAGUGUGUUAGGUUCAGACCCAGUGUCAUGACUAUGGCUAGUGUGUUAGGUUUGGACUUAGUGUUAUGACUAUGGCUACGGUUAGUGUGUUAGGUUUGGACUUAGUGUCAUGACUAUGGCUAGUGUGUUAGGUUUGGACUGAUUGUUAUGACUGUGGCUAGGGUUAGUGUGUUAGGUUUGGACUUAGUGUUAUGACUAUGGCUAGGGUUAGUGUGUUAGGUUUGGACUUAGUGUUACAACUAUGGCUAGUGUGUUAGGUUUGGACUGAGUGUUAUGACUAUGACUAGGAUUAGUGUGUUAGGUUUGGACUUAGUAUUACAACUAUGGCUAGGGUUAGUGUGUUGGGUUUGGACUUAGUGUUAUGUCUAUGGCUAUGGUUAGUGUGUUAGGUUUGGACUUAGUGUCAUGACUAUGGCUAGGGUUAGUGUGUUAGGUUUGGACUUAGUGUUAUGACUAUGGCUAGGGCUGGUGUGUUAGGUUUGGACUUAGUGUUAUGUCUAUGCUUAGUGUGUUGGGUUUGGACUGAGUGUUAUGACUAUGGCUAAGGUUAGUGCGUUGGGUUUGGACUUAGUGUUACGACUAUGGCUAGGGCUAGUGUGUUAGGUUUUGACUUAGUGUUAUGUCUAUGGUUAGUGUGUUGGGUUUGGACUGAGUGUUAUGACUAUGACUAUGGUUAGUGUGUUGGGUUUGGACUUAGUGUUAUGACUAUGGCUAAGGUUAGUGUGUUAGGUUUGGACUUAGUGUUAUGUCUAUGGCUAAGGUUAGUGUGUUAGGUUUGGACUUAGUGUUAUGUCUAUGGUUAAUGUGUUGGGUUUGGACUGAGUGUUAUGACUAUGGCUAGGGUUAGUGUGUUGGGUUUGGACUGAGUGUUAUGACUAUGGCUAUGGUUAGUGUAUUAGGUUUGGACUUAGUGUCAUGACUAUGACUAGGGUUAGUGUGUUAGGUUUGGACUUAGUGUUACAACUAUGGCUAGUGUGUUAGGUUUGGACUGAGUGUUAUGACUAUGACUAGGAUUAGUGUGUUAGGUUUGGACUUAGUAUUACAACUAUGGCUAGGGUUAGUGUGUUGGGUUUGGACUUAGUGUUAUGUCUAUGGCUAUGGUUAGUGUGUUAGGUUUGGACUUAGUGUCAUGACUAUGGCUAGGGUUAGUGUGUUAGGUUUGGACUUAGUGUUACGACUAUGGCUAGGGCUAGUGUGUUAGGUUUGGACUUAGUGUUAUGUCUAUGCUUAGUGUGUUGGGUUUGGACUGAGUGUUAUGACUAUGGCUAAGGUUAGUGCGUUGGGUUUGGACUUAGUGUUACGACUAUGGCUAGGGCUAGUGUGUUAGGUUUUGACUUAGUGUUAUGUCUAUGGUUAGUGUGUUGGGUUUGGACUGAGUGUUAUGACUAUGACUAGGGUUAGUGUGUUGGGUUUGGACUUAGUGUUAUGACUAUGGCUAAGGUUAGUGUGUUAGGUUUGGACUUAGUGUUAUGUCUAUGGCUAAGGUUAGUGUGUUAGGUUUGGACUUAGUGUUAUGUCUAUGGUUAGUGUGUUGGGUUUGGACUGAGUGUUAUGACUAUGGCUAGGGUUAGUGUGUUGGGUUUGGACUGAGUGUUAUGACUAUGGCUAUGGUUAGUGUAUUAGGUUUGGACUUAGUGUCAUGACUAUGACUAGGGUUAGUGUAUUAGGUUUGGACUUAGUGUUAUGUCUAUGCUUAGUGUGUUGGGUUUGGACUGAGUGUUAUGACUAUGGCUAAGGUUAGUGCGUUGGGUUUGGACUUAGUGUUACGACUAUGGCUAGGGCUAGUGUGUUAGGUUUUGACUUAGUGUUAUGUCUAUGGUUAGUGUGUUGGGUUUGGACUGAGUGUUAUGACUAUGACUAGUGUGUUGGGUUUGGACUGAGUGUUAUGACUAUGGCUAAGGUUAGUGCGUUGGGUUUGGACUUAGUGUUACGACUAUGGCUAGGGCUAGUGUGUUAGGUUUUGACUUAGUGUUAUGUCUAUGGUUAGUGUGUUGGGUUUGGACUGAGUGUUAUGACUAUGACUAGGGUUAGUGUGUUGGGUUUGGACUUAGUGUUAUGACUAUGGCUAAGGUUAGUGUGUUAGGUUUGGACUUAGUGUUAUGUCUAUGGCUAAGGUUAGUGUGUUAGGUUUGGACUUAGUGUUAUGUCUAUGGUUAGUGUGUUGGGUUUGGACUGAGUGUUAUGACUAUGGCUAGGGUUAGUGUGUUGGGUUUGGACUGAGUGUUAUGACUAUGGCUAUGGUUAGUGUAUUAGGUUUGGACUUAGUGUCAUGACUAUGACUAGGGUUAGUGUAUUAGGUUUGGACUUAGUGUCAUGACUAUGACUAGGGUUAGUGUGUUAGGUUUGGAUCAAGUGUUAUGACUAUGGCUAUGGUUAGUGUGUUGGGUUUGGACUGAGUGUUAUGACAAUGGCUAGGGUUAGUGUGUUAGGUUCGGACUUAGUUUUAUGACUAUGGCUAUGGUUAGUGUAUUAGGUUUGGACUUAGUGUCAUGACUAUGACUAGGGUUAGUGUGUUAGGUUCGGACUUAGUUUUAUGACUAUGGCUAAGAUUUAAACAGAAUCAACAUUAGCCAGCCUGAAACAUUUGUUUUGGGCUGGCUAAUGACGUCCUUGUGUCGCUUCUGGAAGUGGAGUUACAACUCCAGCAGCCAAAUAGUUAACCCCUUAAGGACACAUGACAUGUGUGACAUGUCAUGAUUCCCUUUUAUUCCAGAAGUUUGGUCCUUAAGGGGUUAAACUCAGCAUGUGCAGCGUUUCACAGCAAAAUGCUGCACAUAUAGACUCCAGGUACCAUGACUGUAACGGAUCACCUGGCACCACGACUGGGUACCUCCGUUGAAGGAUGUUCCUAGCGCUUCCUGAGGACUCCAAGGACUCCAGCCGACACCAUAACCACCGUGGACUCCUUCAGCGAGCAGGACAGGAACAAGCUCUUACAAGAGCUUAGCAGUGAAUAUAGCAAGAAAGUAUGCAGAGCAUAGCAAUCCCUUGUAGCAGAUUCCCCCAAUAAGAGACGGCACUCCAAAUUGAGGGUGAAGUAGAACUGACUGUACUGGCACAUACAGCCUCUUUUAUUCACAUUCUACAAACAUAGUACUGCCCACAGGGUUUUGCAGAACAACCAAUCAAUACGUACAAUACACUCAGACACUCCCACACAAAAUCCUCCCCUCUGCCUGUGAUAUAAUUACUGAACACAAUGGUUUAACUUAAUUAUCACAGGCAGGAAAAUACACAGUUUUACACAAUAUUCAUAACUCUAAAAGUAUACAUCACAUUCACAUAAAACUUACAUUUUCAGAAUCAUCAUUCUCCAAAUACAAACAUACGUCAAAAUCAUACAAAUUGGUCCAGUGGGUCAAAAAUUAGAUCAACGUCCUUUGUGACCAAAUAAAGCAUGCCUUUUCUGCCCAAAACCAGUUCCACAAAGUCUUCUAUCCUGGAGAUAAUUGGGAAGUAAUCCAAUUAUCUCUAAGGACAGAGGCAAAACUCAAUUGAACACAUGGUAGCAAAAGACAAUAAAAUACAUACAAAUAUAUAACUGUGCAGCUAUUGCAUAAAACAGGUACAUUCAACAUAUCCCCAGAUAGCUCAGAUCUGAGCGCACAUUAUUACUGAAUGGCGCUCAGAUCACAUACAUACAGUUCAAUUGCCAUGGAGCCAAAGUCUUUCACAUAGUCUUUCGUUAUACGAAUGGGCUCCAUGGCAUAGCUAUCUGGGGUAUCCCUGUUCAAAUAGGGAAAGUACCAAAUGACCCAGCUUUCAGGUCUUUGCAGGGGAAAAUCAAGCAUUUCAACAUGGGCCCAUGUCACAGGGCAGGAGGCUGGCAAUCAGUCUUCUCCAAUGCCCAGUGGCGAGGCUGGUUCCGCUACAAUGACCAUUUCAGAUCACUGAAAUCAUCAUAGUACUUUGAGCAUCACUUUAAGUCAAGUGCUACCAUAUCUUAAACAAAGUUUUCUUAGAACUGUCAGGAAGCAGGUAGAAACUACACCUUUCACUUCUGCUUCACAACUGCCUUAGCCGUUCUAGACAUUUUGCUUUGGAUACAUUUUGCUUUGGGGCAUUCUUCACCAGCACUUGCUAGAAAUUCAUUUCCACUCACCAUUAGCCAUUAAUGGGUUACACUUUUGAGCACUGAAAAUAGAAUAAGUUACAAUCCAGCAUUAAUAUCUGAUCAAGAAUGUCAUAACUUUUGGACUGUAUUUUGUGAGUGUUUACAACAUGAUCACAAUCCAAAAUGUCACAAACAUUUUUCUGCUGGCAAGGCUGUCAAAUUUAGAAAGCAUUAUAAACCAAAGCCGGGUUUAAAUUCACUUAUCAUUGUUUAUGACUUUGUCCUGAGAUCAAUAGUUCAAGAUUGUGAGGUUAAUGACAGACAAAAUAGAUCCAUGUUGGAAAGAUUUCUUGUGACCUACUUGACCCUUUAUAGUGCAGUGGUGAUGAUAAUAACUGAUAUGUGUCAUUAAUCUGCUGUAUUCAAAAUCAACAUUGAUAUGCACGUUUGAUUCUUUAAAUAUGUUCAAACUGGGCAUUUCAGGCCUUGUCUACAUGUGUAUUUAUCUGCUCAAUGCAAAUACUUUGAACAUUUCUAAAAAUACUCGCUAAUUUUCAGAAACGUGUUAGAGAAUUGUUAAAACAAAAACAGUUUAUUCAUGAUGAAUUAAGUCCUUUUUUUUGUUUUGAAUUUGCUAAGUGUUCAAUUAUUCUGUGAGACUGUGAUAGCUUCAACAUUGGUAAUGGGUGACUGGCGUCCGUUAAUGUGUCAAUAAUUAUCAAACGAUAGAUUAACUUACAGGGUAUCUUCAGACACACUAUAAAAUAAGUAAGCAAGUCUCUAUCAUUAAUUUUCUAGUACAGUACAUUAAUACAACUUAGGGGUUUCACAUUGUUCAAAAAAUACUUUGGCAAAAGUUAUAAAACAUUUCAUCGACUCAUUUGUAGACUGAUAAACACAUGAUGCUGAUAAUUAAAACACAUUGUGUUCUUUUAAGCCUCCCAGAAGUUGUCGACGUAUUGAACAGCCAAAGAUUUAUAGAAGUAAUGUCCCCUUCAGAGAUGGAUAAUUAUAGCUACUGCAUGGACAAGCAGUUUGAAAAUGUACUUAUUUUCCCUCCACAUCUCAAAGAGGAACUGAACAAUUUAGAUCUCUUUAUUGAUAACAAACUCGUACUACAGGUAAGCUGAUAUUUCACUUUACAUUUACCUUGCUCAUGUUCGGCUCCCUGACUUAUUUAAAAUAUAUAUAUUUUUCAAAUAAAUAGAUUAAAAAAUAAUUUAAUAUUCGUUUUUUUUCAAUACAUAUGCCAAUUUCGCAUAACUAAUUCCUGGCAUUUUAUAUGAUGUGUUUUUGGAGUAAAUAUCUCACUUAUGAUAUUCUGACAUACAAUUCAGCUUAUUUGUUAUUUCCAAAUAUGUACAAACACACCAGCACCAUGAGCAAAGAAACCUCUGUAAGACGGCAGCUCAAAUAGAGACGCACGCACCACCCCAACUUUGUGCUUCAGUGCUUGACAAUCUCUGAGAAAUGCGAGGUCAGCGAUGUCACCCCCGUAAAAAAUAUCUCACCGCCGCUGGUGUUGGCCUGAUAGUUUAUGGUUAGAAGAAACAAAUCAUUGUGGCACUUAAACUGAACACUGUUAGAGCUUCAGAUCUUAACUGACAUUUUGAUCUGAUGGUUGCCAUUAGAAACAGACAAUAGAUCAGUUUUAUAAUACAGCAUAUAGUUUUCACAGUUUUUAUUCCCAAAUUGGAAGCUUUUUUUCCCUUUAACAGGGAGGCUAAAAAGAGCAAUAAUUGUGAAAAGUGUGUUUUUGAUUUAUAGCACAGUUGCCCACUCUCCAGGCUUGGAAUUAUUCUCAAUGCAGAGAAACAAUGUCGUUACAUCAGUAAACGGGUUGCAUGGCAACACAUUCAUGGCAGGUUGUUUAUCAGCAAGGCCAAUUUGGCCAAUUUAGGAGCUUGAUCUUUUAAUCCUUAAAGGACAAUGUGGACAUGAAAUACUGUGGCCUUCUUUAAGAACAUUUAGUUUAAGUGCUGCUUGCAUAGAGAUAGUAUAGGAGUAUAAAAGAUUACCAUGGAAACUAUUGUAAAUACCCAAAUAACUUGCGUCUUUGUUUUAUUGUCUACGGGCAUAUAGCAAGAUUUAUGUUUUGGGAACAUGUUAAAAAAACCUGUUGCAAUAGAAAAUGACUGUGGUCUGAGCUUUUCAUAUGAAUUGUAGAUUUCCAAAUAAAGUGAUGCUUAAAAAUAAGUAGAAAGAAGGGUAAGCUUCAGCACACUUGUGAAUGCUUUCAAAAACAUGUGAUACAGUAAUGCCUUGGCAUUAUCCCAAGUUGAUCCCAAAGCACAAAUGCUCUCUAGUUUACCCCACUUCUGCACAUUGAAAAAGAGAAGUGGUUAGAAGUGGUCAUGGAGCAAGCACUCUUUGUGCCGUGUUUCAUCUUAAAUACAGCGUAUUCUGUCAUUUUCUUCCAGGGUCUAGUUGCACCCUUGACACCCAUGAUGUAGGCAGCAUGGAACUCCGUGCCAGACUGCCUAAUCUUAAUUCUGUGCCAAACUUAUGUUUGUCGUAAGCAUGUCUUGCGGAUAGCCCUCUGAGCACGCAGGCAUGGAGAAGCCUGUAUGUCACCUCCUCUCUUACCCCUCCCUGCUACAUUCCUUUUUCUUAUCUCCACCCCACACUCCCUGCCCUCCUCAGCACAGAGUAUAUGCAUGUCCUCUGAGCCUCGAGAUUGGCCAUCAAAGUGGGAAGCAGUGACACGGCGUGAUGACGGACCAGGCAUGGAAAGCAUUAAGGAGAAGUUCACUCUAGUGUCUAGAUUUGGUCCACUGAAACUUAGCCCAAUUCUAGGCCAUAUAGUUCUGUUUAAAACAAUCCACAGUACCUGUCAUCAUCCUACCAACGUACUGCCACAUUUUAUCCUGCUUCACUCUAGUACAGCUAUCAUUCUGCUCCUGUCCUGGACUGGAUAGAACCGCUGUAAUCUUGCCAUGCAUCUCCAUUUACUUGUCAGAUCUGGUCAUACAUACGGAGUAACACCUAGAACAUCCAUAUCCUCCGCAACAGUACCUAUAUCCUGUAAUCAAUGUAUUAAAAAUGGGGAGUAAAUUGCAUGUUGUGUAACUGAUCACACUCCCUGUGUAAUCCUUAGAAUGUGGUAAUAUUUUAACCAGUUUUGUCUUAUUUUUGUGUCCCCAGGAUAAGUCACACUGCCUUGCAGCACAUUCUCUGAGAGCGUUAAUGAAUAUGGAUGAUGAUAUCAUAAUCGCCAAUCCGUGUCCAGGGUUUACUAUUGCUCAUAUAUCUGUCCUCACCAAUCAGAGUGCCUGCAACAUAUAUGUUUUUGGAAUUAAAUCUGAGACAAGGAAACAAGAAUUGCAGGAGUUGUUCUUAAAUAUGGAAUGCAGAAGUAUGUCUUUAAAAAUAAAUUUUAAAAAAAGUAAUUCUUUAUUUUUGGAGUGCAAAUAUAUAUCAAUAAGCUUUUCAAUGACAUGUCAGCAUAGACAGAAAAUAUAUUGCAAUAAUUAAAAGGAACAUAAUAAGUCAGAGGUGCUGCACAUUGUUUUUAUAGUGUAAUUGGCAGGUCAAGGAGGCAGAAAGCUUAGUUUCGGAUAGGACCUUUGCAUAAUAUUACGCUGGUUAAUAGUACCAUAGAUGUGAAUGGAAGGUCAGCCAUGUCCGUCAACUGGUUACCCAUCAGCUGCAGGCAUAAUAAUACAAUACAGUAGGAUCUGACUACCAGUCACAUACACAGACUAACUUUGGUAGGCUGUCAAAGGGCUGUUGUGUAAUAGGCUGAUGUGGGGGGAUAUUAACAUAUAUAUUAUGAUAUACAAAAGCUUGAGAACAUGUGCUAUAAACAAAGUAGAGCAGUAUUGCUCUUCGCGGUGGCAAGUCGCUGGAUCUCGACGUCAUUACUCUUGGCAGGAAUGGGAUUAUUCAGUCGACCGACCAAGAUGGAUGGUGUGCUGCUGAGAAGGAUCUGGCUGGCAUCCCCAGUUCCCGAACCAUGUAGGGCACCUCAGAUAGGUUCGUGAGGGAAUGGGUUUUGCCUCAUUUUUCUACCAGGAGACGGUGAAUGCCCCAUUUAUAGGUCAUCUGGUGUUUUCCGAGAUGCUAGGUGAGCGGUGGGAGGGACUGCUUCCAAAGGAUGGUGUGGCAGGACAUAUCCUGGUAGAAGGUAAGUGUGCUGCCUUCAAAGGUCGUAGUAGGGAUGGUCCUGGUAACCCCCAUGAUAAUUACUUGGUCAGAGUACCGCACAAAGUUAAUUAAAAUGUCCCUGGAAGUCUCUGAAGGUACCCUGGGGGAAUUUGGUAGGCGAAAGCAAUAGUCUAUUGUGACCAUUUUGACUUGUUUUGGCGACAACAGGGAUGCAAGGAGCCUCCUAAUAUAAUGAGGCAUAUCAUCUGUGGUGACUGUCUCUGGGACCCCCUGAGUCUUACAUUUCUCACCUUGUUUCUGUCUUCGAGGGGGGCCAUGCCAAGGAGUAUAUCAGCGUUACUCUUUUGCAGAAUAUUAAGGGCCGUGUCAAUAGUCGCCUGUGCCACUUUUACCACUCCAAGGUCUUUUUCUGUUGUAGCAGUUCUGCAGGCAAGCGUGGCCACCUCUUCCUUUGCAACUGCCAAAUCUGAGCUGAUGGAUGUAAGAGACCUUGCGCUCCCCCACCUACCAUUUGAGGAUGCCCCACAGAUGCUCAAUAGGUCAGUCACCUUUACCAAGGCAGUGGUCGUCUUGGAGUUGUGUUUGGGGUCGUUAUCAUAUUGGAAUACUGCCCUGUGGCCCAGUCUCCGAAAGUGAGGGGAUCAUGCUCUGCUUCAGUAUGUCACAGAACAUAUUGGCAUUCAUGGUUCCCCCAAUGAACUGUAGCUCCCCAGUGCCGGCAGCCCUCAUGCAGGCCCAGACCAUGACACUCCCACCACCAUGCUUGACUAUAGGCAACCAACUCCUCACCUGGUUGCCACCAUCUUAACCAAUAUCUUGGUCUUAUUGGACCACCGGACAUGGUUCCAGUAAUCCAUGUUCUUAGUCUGCUUGUCUUCAGCAAACUGAUUGCAGGCUUUCUUGUGCAUCAUCUUUAGAGAGACUUCCUUCUGGGAUGACAGCCAUGCAGACCAAUUUGAUGCAGUGUGCGCCGCAUGGUCUGAGCACUGACAGGCUUACCCCCCACCUCUUCAACCUCUGCAGCAAUGUUGGCAGCACUCAUACGUCUAUUUCCCAAAGACUGCAUUUGGAUAUGAUGCUGAGCACGUGCACUCAACUUCUUUGGUCAUCCAUGGUGAGGCCUGUUCUGAGUGGAACCUGUCCUGUGAAACCGCUGUAUGGUCUUGCCCACUGUGCUAGAGCUCAGUUUCAGGGUCUUGGUAAUCUUCUUAUAGCCAUCUUUAUGUAGAGCAAGAAUUCUUUAUUAUUUUAAUUUCUGAAAAAAAAUUUUUUUUCUGCGCAUGAAAAUAACAAGCAUGUGUAAUGUGCCACAACAGCAUGCAUAUAUUAUCCAUCAAGGAUCACAAUUUGGCACUAAAAUACUGCACAUUUUUCUUUUUGUUAUCGUUUGGUACAAACUAUACACAUUUUAUAAACAUGUUAAUUAAUAUUGAUGGUAUACGUGUAUAUCUUAGAUGCGUUACAUAGAAAGAACACAGCAAAUUAAUUAAAUAACUGCAAGCAUGAGCAUGCGGGUGAUUAGCUAGUUUAACUUAACAGGGUGAAGCAGUACAUGCACCCAAAGUACUCAGGAUGGUGACUUAAUACGCGAUUAGCCAAACAAGAUAAAGAUCAAUAACUAUGCUCGUGUGUCAUAAAUGUUGCUCUCAUGAACGGUAAAUGCUGAUGAGCAGUAUAACAUAUAUGUUAUUGUGCCAUGUACUGUAAGCUACAGCUACGUGAACAUAUUUGGUGUUGACCGCACCUGCCAGAGGGUAGGGUCAUUUAGGUAUAAGCUAAUGUAGCAGAGACCUGCAGGCAAAUGAACAAGUAUGAAAAUACUCAAGGUGUUGCAGCUUAAAACGAGAGCAUAUGGCUGUAAUUGUAGGGGCUUAGUGUGUUGCAGCUGAUAUCCAGCAUGUCCCCAGGGAAAAUAGUACCGGACAUCAGGUAAGCAAUUAAGGGACCUAGUUGGGCUCAGAGUGAAAGGAAGACAGGAGGUAACAAGAGUUAGUGUGACAGUCUUUCCACAUCUAGCAGAGUAAGGCUGAUGGGACCCCCUGUGGCACCCAUAUCACAGUCCACAGUCACCCUAUACCUUGUAACGGUAAAGCAUAGUCCCUGUCCGCACUGGGGCAUGCCAAGUUUUGAAAGUCUGAUGAUAGGCAGCGUGGUUUAACGAUCAGGGUUUGAUCUCUCUGUGGCUUGUCGGGCUUGGGCUUGCUCCAUAUCGGUUCCCAUCUGCUGGUGGGUCAGCUUGUAGUAGAGCCUCGCUGAGGUGGGUAGGCGGGUGUGCGUUGGCACUGGACUAUAGAUUGGGUAUGCGCUCGGUCCAGUCGAGUUCCCUGUCCAGAGGGAGGUCUGCUGCUCCGGUCGGUUGCACAAGCCCGCAGUUUAAUGUGUGGGGUUGGGCGGUGUCGCAAGCCCUUUGGGUGCUGAGGUCUUCUUGUAGCGGCCAUUUUAUGUGCUCCACGUGGGUGUGUUAAUGAGCGGGUGCCAUGUUUAAGUGUGGCACGCUGCUGCAUGCACCGCUCGAGUUAGUUCCAAAAUGCCUGGAAAAUCACGCCAACCUUGUGGCAUAAUUAGUGUGUUCUGAGUGGUAGUCAUUUGAAUUCCCUGUGCUCACCCUGAGUUGCGUGAAUGCUACUGCGGCGGCAGUUUCAGGGGCAUCUCGGGUCCGUUGGGUUACAGGCUGAGUUGUGGGGGUAAUCAUCCCCAGCGAGGACCGGGAUAACCCCCACUGGUCCAGGGGGGGCAGCAGGGCUAUAGUGGGCUCUCGUAUGUGAGCAUGACCCUUGCCGGGGGGGGGGAUCGGCCACCUCCCCCAGGCUCCAGGCCCCGCUCCGGAGUAGGCCGCAUGGCCGGUUGCUGUGGUCGCUUGGUGUACUAGGUCAGGAAAGGUAUCCCCCUGUUCCCCGUUUGAUUCUGCAUCGGUUUCCGAGCCCCUGGAGCUGCUGAGGCUAUUGUCUUGGUCCGUAUUAACGUGUUUACUCUGAGUACAGGAACUCUCAGAAAGCUCGACCGCCAUCUUGGCUGUCAAGUCCUUUUGAUCUCUCUACCCUUCCCCCCCAGCUGCACUAGAACAUAUACUUCCAUGGUUACACCUAGAUGUUAAUUACACUGACACUCUUAUCUCCUGAUAACAUGACUCUUGAAACCUUUUAUAGUAAAGAUGUACAGACAUUUAGUAAAUAAACACUGGAAAGGCUUGUUCCAUCUAAAGAAGUAAUUUAUACUGUACCUUUUGAUGAUGGCAACCUCCUUUGAUAUGUAAAUGGAAUUCCAUUGUAAAACAAGAUCGCUUAUCUUAGCCUAUUACUCAGCAGACCGUCAGAAAGCAUAUGUCCAUAUAUUAAAUAGAAAAUGUAAUGUAUAACGGCACAACAUUUCUUACACUUACUAUAUCUAGAAUGUGAAUAUCUUAUCAGGCAUUGAAAGGAACUCGUCAAUGCAAGCCUGUAGAAUUCAUGUCAUACUAACCAAGCAUGACUUUCUACUAGCCACAAGACUAUUUUGCACCCUAGGCAAGACGAACUACUUACACCCACCCAAAACAAAAAUUACCAACUUUGUGUCUCUUAUUCCCCUAGCCUGUUUGUGUGUAUCUUUGUCCCCCCAGUCCCUCUGAAUGUCUCUUUCUCCCCCCAAACCCCAUUGUGUGUCUCUUUCUCCCCCCUCAGCCCUACUGUGUGUAUCUUUGUCUCCCCUCCUUCUCUUUAUGGUCUCUUACCCCUCUCCUGUCCCUUUGUGUAUUCUUUUUUAUCCCACCCCCGUGCCAGCUCACCUACCUUUUGUAGCGUGGCCGAGCCGGGGCCCAUGGUGGUGUAUCUUCUAUAUCUUCUAACCAGUAACUGGUCUGACAGGAAGCAGUUCAGCGCUCCCUGUGAGCACUUCCUAUAAGACUGGGUAGGCGAAACAGAAGCUCCUCUAACGUGAGUCGUGGCUCAGUCACGCAACAUUCAGUGAUUGGUCGGAGAGGAGAGCUGUGCCAUGUGCUUCCCUCCUGCUGGUCACCAGGACACUGCGCCCUCAGGACAUGUGCACCAUAGUUGGCUGUGUAGUUCGCAAGGUGGUUCUGCCGGUCCUUAUUGGCCAUGGCUAACCUUUUACUCUACAAUUGCUGGUGGCAAGUGGAAAUUUUGAGCUCUGGCUAUACCAUUUGUAAUAUGAUAAUUUGUGGUCUAUAUGGUAAGCACCUUUAUUGUAUGUAAUUGUAAGUUUAAUUGGAUGAUGUGCUUUUUACUGCCUAUUUUUUAUUUUGUAUUUUUUUUUUAUCAGUUACUGUCACUUAUAGCUUAAAAAUGCUGAUGCGAUAGCAAGAUGUCCACCUCUGCACUAAUCAACUGUCAAAUCAAGUGGUAAUUAAGGCUUGACUUAGAAUAGCUGACUGAGAUGAAAAUAAAAUAAAUCUGUAGUAAAUAUUGUUUUAGAGUGAGUUAGGAAAAGUCGAUCUAAUUGAUGGGUGCUUUAAUUUCUUUUUCUUUUUUUUUGGUAUGAUUUCCCUUUAAAUCACGGAACUAGUGUACUCGAAAGAUUAUUUGUAAGUGAGCUUUCUUUUUAAAUAUUGGGGAAUAUGUUUAUCAAUUUGCCACUUACUAACCUUAAGCCAAUUUGAUUUCUCAGAUAUUAAACUGCUUCAUGAGAUGUUCACAGAGAUUGAACCGUCCGAUCAAAGACUGCAAAAAGCAAAAAUUAUUUUGCUGCAGCCUCAGUGCUCUGGAUCUGGUGUGAGUGAUCCAGUUGAUUUCAUUCUAAAUGAACAAGGAGGUAAGGUUUCCAUGUUUUUUAAUUUUUUACAUUUUUUUAUUAUUCCUAUAUUAUUUUCAGAAAUAAAAUAAUUUCUUCAUUUGCUAUUUUAGCAUUAAAAACACUCCCAGGUGCUGUAUUUUCACCAACUGCUGUGGUGUGAUGGGGUAUUUAGUACGUUUUCUAAGCUGUAUGAUUUUGAUUUCAUUGUAUUUGUUACAGACAGAAAAUCAAAGGAAUGCACUGAAUUUAGAAAACAGUAACAACAAAACUAUUAAAAUGAAUAAAAUUAAUAAUCAAAACAAGCAUAUUUUGUCAUAUGGGCUGGCUAAAUAACAAAGGGCAGUUUAUCUGCAAUUUACACAAUGGACUCCAAGAAAAAUUCAAUAAUAAUUCCCUCUUCCAUUAAAUUUACAUUAAUUUAACCUGCCAUGUAUCGCAGAACUGAACAGCCUAAUAUCUCAUGUGACCAUAUUUUAUAAUCUAUCUAUGCUAGAAUAAUAACGGAGUUGCAUAUAUAUAUAUGCUCCAGUUCAGCUAUUUUGGACUAAGAUUUGCCGUUCCCUCUUUAGUGAAUAAAACCAUAAAUGUUUUCUUGUAGGAAAUUCCUUGAGAACUGUAAGGAGGUAAUACAAUUUCUGUGCUCAGAAAGCAGUGUUAUAAAAGGCAGGUCUUUUUAUGAAGCGAUGUUUGAAAUAAAGCUUUGGCAUUACUGUGUCGUUGUUAAAUCGAUGCUCUUGCAAUUCGGAAGCAUAUCUGACACAUACAGGGGUUCUUGCUAUUCUCGUAAUAUCUGUGCCAGAAGAUCACAUUGUCAUUGCUCAGUAUGAAGGCAAAAUGUAAACCAGUCAAUCUAUAACCAACCAUAUAUUGAAUUAAAAGGAAGCAUAUAUACACACACAAUCUGUCUGUCUACCUGUCCCAUCUAUUGUAACCAAGCUUAACUAACAUACAUUUUGUGCAUUUAGGUCAAAUAGAAUAAUAUAUAUAAUAUACCUAAACAUAAAGCUGCCAGUUGUUUAGAAAGGUUUCUGAAUUAACUCCCCUUGUUCAAAUCCUGCAGGCAGAUCAUCUUCUCUCACCUUAACUAAGUACCUAUUUUAAAGGUGCUCCUUCCCCCCCACCCCCCAUUAUAAACCAGAUCUCUUAUUUACCAAAAGACUUAUAAAUCUGUGGUUCCCUGUUGCUAAAGAAUUCCAUUCUAACCUGCUCUCUCACAAACACAUUCAAAUCAACUUUCUUCCUCAUUCCAUUGUCCCCUAAAUCCAUCCAAAUCAGCUCUGCUUUCUACCAAAUCCCAUCCUGAAGAAUGUGAUUUUCCCUCUUGUGUUAAAAUGUUGUAGGUAUCCCUGGACAGCAAUCUGAAUCGAAAUGCCUUUAUCUCAUGUUUAUGCAGUAUGUACACACCCCUUGUUUCCAAUAAUUAUCAAUGUUUUAAAGUGAAAUAUUAUGGUAAUAUGAAUUGUUUAAUGAUCAUGCAUGUCUGUCUAUACUGUACAUUACCAACGUUCUUUAUGUUUCAUUAUUUCAUUGAUAAAAAGUGAAUGAUUAUUUUAUGUGUAGACACCACAUUGCUCCAGAAUUUCUCUCAAGGAUCUGUGCCCACUGACAAACUCAAUCACCUUGCAAAUCAGCAACUUCUUCAGCUAAACCAUGCAAUGAAAUGUAAGUGUAAAUGGUAAACCACCUUUUUAUAUCCAAAUCGGGAAGAACGUUAUAUUUUUGGAAAUGGCACAUAUGCAGUAAAUUUAAAAUCUGGCCAUGGCAGUUACACCAGGGUGUAAGAAUAUAGUGUAUAGUGUAAGAAUACAGAUUUAUAUUCCUUACACUAUAGAAUCCCUUUAAAAUAUGUGACUCCACAGCUGGUUAAGGACCGGAGUUCCAUUGACCCAGAGAACUGAUAAUAUUUCCAGUAGGUUUUCUAGUUCCGCAUUAUCUGAUGUACUUGAAGUUUGAAAAAUGGCUACAAGGGACAAGAUAGCCUAGACGUAAAGUGAUGAUUUAUAGUAACUUUUUGUUUCUUUGUCUUCCAUUUUUACUUUAGUUAGUAAAGUGCAAGCAAUUAUGUACUUUACUCUCUCGGUUUAUGAAGAAGAAAAUGAACAUGUAAUAAAUCAAGCCUUGGAGUUAAACUUUGGAAAUAUUAAAGGUCGAUCAUAUAGGUAAGAGUAUGGGAAGAUACCUGUGCACACAGUUGCAAAUGUUGACGUUGAAAAGAUUCUCUCCGCAACCAAGACCUAUUUUAUCUUCUGCAGCCCAAAUAGUGUUAACAUUAUUAUUGCAUUAUUUGUUCAAAGCUAUCCAAGCUGGGUAUGUUUUGCAGGAAGAUACAGAAGUUUCAUUUUUGCCUUAUCUGAGAACAAACUGAUUGGCUACAAGGCUUUGGGAUAGCAGUCAUUGGGGAAAGUGAUGUCAUUUUGCCAGACAUGUCCAUCUAAAAGGCUUUUUACAACACGAGACCAGAGACAGAUAGUGAAAUCUGCAAAAAAAUGCUCACUCUAUGUCCAUGGAUUAGACACUUUACCACCAUGUGGACAUAGGGGUUCAAUGUUCUUUUUUUUUUUUUUUAACACAAGGAAGUAAAUAUUUUUCUAGUUUGGUUUUAAUUGCCCGUUGUUCUGACUAGAAUCAUAUUGGGGUGAUGUGACUAAACAUAUAAUGUAUGUUUAAAAUAUUAUCACUUAACCCCUUAAGGACCAAACGUCUGGAAUAAAAGGGAAUCAUGACGUGUCCUUAAGGGGUUAAACUAUUUAGAUUUCACUGAACAACCAAAUGUUACAUUUAAAAUUAGAAUAUUCUCUAUAUCUGAUGAAAAUAUGAAUUUUAAGUAAACCCUAAUUAUUUAUUUUACUACAGGCUUGGGAGUUCCAUCAUUCCCUUCUCCACAACAUCAGAACCCUUACCUGCCGCUGAUCAUUUUUUUAGGAUUCAGCCUUCAGAGACUACAAAUGGGUGUUUUCUUGCUAUUCUAACCAGAGAGGUAAAAUAGUAAAUUGUAUUUCUUUUUUGUAGUUAACUUAAAUAAAGCAAUAUAUCUUGAAGCAUAACAAUUUACACAUUAGUAGUUGAGCAUUUAGGAAUAUUGUUUCACACUUGGAGUAAUAAGAAUGAAACGUAUUAUCAGGACUCAAUACAAUAAUAGCGAGGCUGAAAAGGUACUCACCACUUCAAGCAGGUAGGGCAGGACUGAAUUUCUAAUUGCCAGGGCUGAAUUUUCACUUGCCAAUGGCUAGUGGAGCUCUGUUAUUAUACUGUUGUAAUACAUAAAGAUACUUUGUAAUAUAGAAACCGUUUGGAAAGAAGUGCCAUUUUUCAAUUGGAAUCACGCAGACCUAUCCAGUGCCAACAGUUACCUCUCAAUUCUUGUACAGAAUGGGAAAGCCUCAUGUUUAUAGUCAAUGUAUAGACAUUACCGACUAACUCUCUAACAAGCCUCCCACCAUACAAAUAAACUGAUUGGCUCAUAAGGUUGGCACGUGGCAGCAGCCAUGUCCGCUCUGAGAUAUUCUCAGUGCUAUACUAAAUGUAUUUGCUAACAAACUGUCACUGUUUAGGUGGUAUUGUAAUAAGAUAUUGUCAAGCUAUGUUGGAUUUGUUUCUGUCAAUGUUUUGGGGGGUAUUUUUACGUUAAUAGAAUAUAUUCAUGGGCAUUAAAUGAUUUUAUAAACUAGGUUAAAGGUACACUUAUGCUAUAGCGUCCCUCUAUCUCCACCCCUAUCUUUCAUUUGCCUGUUUUCCACAACUUUACGAUGAUGGAGGAACCUAACACACAUGCUCAGCAAGCGCCAUGUGUAUUAGACAUUCCCCAUGGGAAAGCAUUCAAUCAAUUCAUUUCCUGUGGGGAAUUUGAGGACAUCCAACAUCAUUUCACAGAGUUAAACUCAGAUAGAAUGCAGUAUAUUGUCUUAACCCUAGAAUGAAAAUAUUGUAGUUUGUCUGAAUGUUAGACAUUGCACAGUUAAGAGGACAGAGGCACUACACCCAGACCACUUCAAUGAGAUGGAAUGGUCUAGGUGCAUACAGUGUCCCUUUAAGGUACUUUUAUUUCCCAAAUACAGAAAAAUUACAGCUCACACAAACUUUGUGAAGACCUUAACACUAGAGUUGAGCGGACACCUGGAUGUUCAGGUCUGGCGGGUUCAGCCGAACUUUGAAAAAAAGUCCGGGUUCGGGAUCGAACUUGACCCCGAACCUGAACCCCAUUGAAGUCAAUGGGGACCCGAACUUUUGGGCACAAAUAUGGCUCUAAAAAGGGGCUCUAGAGGGCUGCAAGAGGAAGUAAAAUGGGGGUAAGAGUAGGACAAGUGCCCUGCAAACAAAUGUGGAUAGGGAAAUCACUUAAAAUAACAUAAAAUACAGAACAUAAGCAGCCGCUUAGUAGCUAACCCCCUAAUUCCCACGGUAUUAGGGAGCUUUCUACCAAAAGGCUGAAAUACCUAAAUUGGUCUUUCAGCCACAUUUAGUAAUACCAAGUAAAGAUUACUUAGUAUUAGUAAAAUCAGCCCCUACUCGCUAUACCGCGAGUAGGGGCGUGUCUAGUAAAAACAAAACAAAAAAAAACUAUUGCCCCCACCCCUGUGUGACGGGUGGGGGCCCUAAAUAAGAAUGUGGAGGGGGGGACCUACUGUCCUCCCCCCCCGGCCUCCAUGCCUGAGCGGCGGGUGGGGACCCUAAAUAACAACAAGGGGGGACCUACUGUCCUCUCCCCCGGCCCCCACCCCUGAGCGGCGGGUGGGGGCCCUAAAUAACAAUAAGGGGGGGGACCUACUGUCCUCCUUCCCCGGCCACCACCCCUGAGCGGUGGGUUUGGGCCAUAAAUAAGAAUUUGGGGGGAGACCUACUGUCCUCCCCCGGCCCCCACCCCUGCGUGGCGGGUAGGGACCCUAAAUAACAAUAGGGGGGGACCUACUGUCCUCCCCCCGGCCCUCACCCCUGAGGGGUGGGGUGGGGGCCCUAAAUAAAAAUGUACCCCCCCCAGGUGACUAGGGGUCCCCCCCAUAUAAAUUAGCCCUACCUAGGUAAGUCUCUACAUUUACCUGUCACAGCACUCUGAUUGGUUGGCUUGAAAUCCACCAAUCAGAGUGCUCUGUGUCAUUUUACACAGCAUGGGGAAAUUCCAAAGAACUUUCCCACGCUGUGUAAAAUGACACAGAGCACUCUGAUUGGAUGGAUUUCUAGCUAACCAAUCAUAGUGCUCUGUGUCAUUUUACACAGCGUGGGAAAGUCAUUUGGAAUUUUCCCACGCUAUGUAAAAUGACUCUGAUUGGUGGAUUUCAAGCCAACCAAUCAGAGUGCUGUCAGGUAAAUGUAGAGACUUACCUGUCAGUCUCUUCAUUUACCUGUUAUAGCAUUCUGAUUGGAUGGCUUAAACCCACCAAUCAGAGUGCUCUGAGCCUAAUUGCAGGGCAGGGCAAGGCUUUAUAAGCCUUCUCCCGCCCUGCAUAGAUCAGUCUGCGCGGAACCCUCCAUGGGUGAAAAUAGAUUUAUUUUUUUGGUGCUCAUUUUAAAAAAAAAAAAAAUUUAUUUUAAAGUGCGUCGGAUAUUAUGGAUUUUUAUUUGGCCUUUUUUGGGGCUGAAAAAAGAAGAGUUUAGAAGAAAGAAGACAUCAAAUGGUAAGUCUAUUUUUUUUUUUUAAAGGUAUUUAGAUAAGGAUAAGAUUAGGAUGAGGGGGGUAGGUAGGGGUAAUUUUUUUUGAGAGAGGGGGGUGACUAGGGGUUUGGGGACCCCUAGUCACCUGGGGGGGUACAUUUUUAUUUAGGGCCCCCAACCGCCGCUCAGGGGUGGGGGCCGGGGGGAGGACAUUAGGUCUCCACCCCCCCAAUUUUUAUUUAUGGCCCCCACCCACCGCUCGGGGGUGGGGGCCUGGGGGGGAGAACAGUAGGUCCCCCCCCAAAUUAUUAUUUAUGGCCCCCACCCACCGCUCAGAGAUGGAGGCCAAGGGGGAGGACGUUAGGUCCCUCCCAAUUUUUAUUUAUGGCCCCCACCCACCGCUCAGGGGUGGGAGCCGGGGGGGGGACAGUAGGUCCCCCUCCCUUAUUGUUAUUUAGGGCCCCCACCCGCCGUGCUGGGGUGGGGGCCAGGGGGAGCACAGUAGGUCCCCCCCUUAUUGAUAUUUAGGGCCCCACCCCCCGCUCAGGGGUGGGACAAUAGGUUCCCCCCCAAUUAUUGGUAUUUAGGGCGCCCACCCACCUCUCAGGGGUGUGGGCAGGGGGGGCAAUAGGUCCCCCCUUUAGUUUAAAAGCCCCACUCGCGUGUCGUGGGUGGGGGCUCGGGAGGGGGGAAUGUUUUUGUUUUUUUUAACAGCGAGCAGCCACAGGCUGCUCACUGUUUAAUAGACAUGCCCCUACUUGCGGUAUAGCGAGUAGGGGCAUCAUUUAACAAUACUAAGUAACCAGCUUAUAUAGAGGCUGGGUCACAUGCUGCACUGGCCAAUCACAGCCACGCCAUUAGUAGGUAUGGCUGUGAUGGCUUCUAAGGGCACACGAGUCAAACGCUUGUUGAUUGACUGCCCUGCAGCCUUUCAAAACGCGUCAUUAAAUCGCCGAACACCGAACUCCAACCCGAACAUACAGUGAUAUGUCCGUGUUUGGGUCCGGGGACCAAACAACUUAAUUUUCGGUACGAACCCGAACUUUACAGUCCGGGUUCGCUCAACUCUACUUAACACCUCUACAUCUCAAAGAUACAAUUAUUACGUCAUGGCCUCCUCAGCAUAAAAGUCUCAUGAUUAAAUAAUUAUUUAAUUUAGUUUUUGCACCAGCAGGGGCUUCUUCACUUCUGGUACUGGGGAAAUGCCAGUAUUGUUCAAUACCUGGGGCUCACCUAUCUCAGCUAUGGUAAAAAUUAAAGGCUCCAUGCCAGCAGCUUGUCUGUGCACAACAGUCAACAUGUGCAUAUAGUCCUUUCACAUUCACCUGUGGACUGGGUAUUCCUUCGAUGUGAGGGAAACCCUUAUGGGUCUUCUUAGAUGACUCCCCUCGUCCUGAUCACUCAUUAGGGAAGGUAGGUGGUACUGGGCUGUGUUGACCGGCUGUACUAAUCAUGUUGUUCGAUCAGACCAUGAGAGAUCAGUAAAUCACAUUUUGACAGCCUGUCAGACAAUAUACCCUUUAAUGUUACAAUCAUAUAGUGCACAGUGCUCACAGAGCAUUCUGUAGUAUGUACACCUGGGAAAUCACUCAGUGACAGCUGUGGGAAUACCUCUGACAAUGUGAGAUGGGUAGGGUUAGGGUUUGGCUUAUUUUUGGUGCUUGAUCUCAAGCUAGACAUAGUGUAAGGCAUAUUGAUACGGGAUUUGGGGGUAGAGUUAGGGAUGCUGAACAGUAUAUUUACCAAAAUAGCACUCUAUUUUACCAUGCUAAAGAGCAUAAUUGUCAGAAUACCACUACUUGUACCAUGUUCACAGUAUACCUACUGGAAACCAUUCGACUACACCUUGCUAAACUAAUGUAUAUUUACACAUUCAGCAUGUGACUGUUUUAACCUUCACAGCUAUGUAAAAUACCACUUAUUAGUUAUCUACAAUUUUGUAUUUGUGUUUCAAGGCUGCUCUUGAAAAGCUGAGUUAAUCUGUUCUACAUCCCUUGCUUUCUAUUAUCAAAGCCUUGAAGUUGCAAGGUCUGUUUCCAUAUGAAUAACCUAGCUCAACGGGUCAAUAUUAAUGUUUGGAAUUUGUAACACAGAACAUAAAGCAGGAGUGAAAAAUGCAAAUAUUGACUGCUACAAAACAAACAAUAAAAUGUUUAAACCCAAAAGUCCAUUAUUUAUGUAUUUCUGUCUGUGAUCACAGAAAUGAGUGGCUCCUAAUCUGAAUCUAAAAUUCAUUCUUACUGGUUAUCUAAUUAGUGAGCCAUAAAUCUGACACUUAUUAUAGACUGGUCUGCUGUCUGAUUUAUAGGAGACCAGUUAAUUCUAACCAAUACGCUUUGCUUUAAUACAAACACCAAAAAGUGCUUCAGUGAUAUGGGGAACACAGAGUGGAUUUGAUUUAAAUCAAGGCAAUUUAAAUCAUAUUUUAAAUCACUAGUCAGUAAAACCCUGAUUUUUAAAUGUGAAGGCUCAUGCUUGCUGGUUGUUAUAAUCUUUAAUAUUUGCUAUCAAAUGAAUUUAUGAUUAAAAUUAUUUAUAAAGCGCCAACAUAUUCCACAGCACUGUAUGAUACGUAAACAGUACAAACACACAAUAUAUAAAGAAUCCAUACUGAAACAGUUGGUUAAGAUGGCCUUGCCCAAACAAGCUUGCAAUCUAAAAAGAUAAGGGAGAAAUGCCCAAAGGGCAGGGCCGGACUGAGAAUGUAAAGCAGCCAUGGAAAAAAAUGCUAUACCAGCCCCAUAAUGCAUUGCGCCAGCAUAACGUGCAGAUUUGAAAACGGGAAAAAAAUACUUAAAACUGAAAACGAUCACUCAAACGUGAAAGAAAGCACUCAUAGGGCUUCAAAAUAAACAAAAGAGCGGAUUUGUUGUAAGCAGACGUGCGUUUGCUAUAAUAGAGAAAAUUUAUGACAAACUUACCGUAAUUUUCUUUUCCUGGCUAUUUCUCAUGGCAGCAUCACUUAUGGGUAGCUCCUCCCUUAGCAGUCACAGGACAGGAAUUAAUUAGAUUAAUUAAUCAGACUGAUAGGUAUAAGGAGUCCCUCCUCCCCUACACCUCAGUCCAAUUAUAAAGCUGAAAUAAAGAAUGGGCGGGAACCCUGAUGCUGCCAUGAGAAAUAGCCAGGAAAAGAAAAUUACGGUAAGUUUGUCAUAAAUUUUCUCUAUUCCUGGCUAAUCAUGGCAGCAUCACUUAUGGGUAAUACCCAAGCUUCACAGAAAAAUAGGGUGGGAAUAAUAAUCCAAGAAAUUACACAAAACUGAAACACAUGCAGCAAAGAAAAGUUUAAUAUCAACGGGAUAAAGAGACCGUAGACAGGACACUCUGUCCAAAGGAGGUGGAAGGAGACUGCACAUCAAGUUUGUAGUGCUUCAUGAAUGUCAUCGGAGAAGACCAGGUGGCUGCUCUGCAAAUAUCAUCGUAUGGAACCUCUGCACAGCUAGCCCAUGAAGUUGAUAAGAACUCAUUCUACUAGAGCAUUAUCUCCCGAGGUGGUGAUAUACCUUUAGAGAUAUACGCCUUCUUAAUUAUCAGAGAAAUCCAACGUUUCAACGUAGAUAAAGAAGCCUCCUCACCUCUCCUUGCUCCCAACGGCAAAACGAAGAGUUGGUCUGUUUUACUUAAAGACUCAGAACGUUUAAGAUAUGCAGACAAGCAGUUCAUGACAUCCAAACGUUGCCAUCUAACCUCCUCCUGAGAAGAGGGGUUGGGGUAAAAUGAUGGAAGAACCACUUCUUGAGAGAGGUGAAACUGAGAAACUACCUUAGGAAGAAACUCUGGUUUUGGUUUCAGACAAACCCUAUCUCGGUAGAAUCGUAAACAAGAAGAAGAUGUAGAAAAUGCCUUAAUUUCUGAAAUCCUUCUUGCGGAAGUAAAAGUUUUAUACGUCAGGAGAGUAGCAUCCAAACUUUCAAGAGGAACAAACAGAUCCUCAGUGAGAUAAUUGAGCACCAUAGGAAGGUCCCAAGGAGGGGUAGUAGAUCUGGAAGGAGGCCUCAACCUGAAGGCCGCUUUGAAGAACCUGGAAAUCAAAGGAUCCGAAGCCCAUGAGAUGUUGCACAAAGCUGAAAGUGCCGAAGACUGAACCUUCAAGGUGCUGAGGCUAAGGCCCUUGUCCAGGCCCUCUUGCAGAAACUCCAAACUUCAGUAUUGCUAGGAUGCCGAAAGUCCACAUUAUGAGACGAUGCCCAAGUUUGGAACACAUCCCAGAUCCUAUGCUAGCAUGAAGAAGUAGAAGCCUAUCUGGAGAGCAGAAGGGUAAUGAUCACCGCCUCCGCGAGACCUAGUAAUUGGAGUCUUUCUUUCUCAAGACCCAUACCCCCAUUUUGAGGCAUUCCGGAUGAGGAUGGAAUACAGGGCCUUGCGAUAGCAGAUCCUCCAUCACUGGAAGAGGCCAAGGUUGUUCCUGGCUCAUCAUGGCCAAUAGGGGAAACCACGGCCUCCGAGGCCAAAUAGGAAUUACGGCAAUGACUUUCUUGCCUUCCAACCAAACCUUCCGCAGGAACCUGGGUAUCAUGGGUAGGGGAGGGAAAACAUACCCCAGAUCGAACGACCAAGGCAGAGAGAGAGCAUACUGGCCCAGUGCCUGACAGUCCGGAUGGAGAGAGAAGUAAUUCUCCACCAGGUGAUUCUGAGAUGAUGCCAUCAGGUCGAUCUGGGGCAUGCCCCACCGAUGAGCAAUUUCUGCAAAGAUCGCCGGAUGAAGUUGCCAUUCUCUCGGAAGAAUUUCCUUUCUGCUGAAGAAGUCUGCUGUUACGUUCUCCGAACCUGGGAGAUAAAUCGCCUUCAGGCCUUGAAGAUAGGUCAUGGCUAUAGCCAUUAAGGGAGCCAGCUCUUCCAGGAGCAACCUGCUCCUUGUGCCCCCUUUCACAUAUGAGGCCACCGCUCGGUUGUCUGUUUUGAUUAGAACCCAAGAAUUCCGUAGCCUCGGCAGGAAUCUCAAAAUGGCCUUGUAAACCGCUCUCAGUUCCCUUAAGUUUGAGUGUAGGCGACUCUCUUCUCGGGUCCAGUUCCCUUGAGUCCAUACAGGACUGAAGUGGGCACCCCAUCCAAAAGAACUGGCAUCUGUUGUAAUAACCUUCCAAGGGGGACUUCCAACGGGAAGCCUGUUGUCAAAUUCCUCUCGCUCUUCCACCAGUUUAAGCCUUUCCUUACGGGAAGGGGAAGAGAUAUCAUCUGUUCCCAAUCCGCUUCCACUCUGUUGAACUGGAGAAGGAAGCAGUUCUGGGCCGGACGGAACUUCCACUGGGCCCACUUCACCAAGCCUAUUGUUGAAGUCAAGGAACCCAGGAGACUCAUGACUUCUCUUGCAGGUGCAGUUUCGAGAACUUGCAGCUUCCUUACUUUGUCUCUGAUCUUCGUGACCCUUUCUGGAGACAGGAACACAUGUGCAGACACGGUAUUCACUACCGUACCCAGGAAAACGAUAGUUUGUGCAGGAACGAGGGAGCUCUUUCCCACGUUCAGGAGCCAACCAUGGUCUUGAAGAAUGGACAUUGCCACCGACGUAUGUUGAGCUACAAUUCCUUGAGAUGGACCCAAGAUUGAUAGUAGGCGUCCCUUAAGUCUAUUGAGGUCAUCCAGUCUCCUUUUUUGACACACUUCAAGAUGGUCCUCGAGGAUUCCAUUUUGAACGUCCUACGUCGAGCAAGGAGUUCACGCCUAUCAAAUUCAAGAUGAGACGCCACUUUCCCUGUGGUUUUGGGGCCAAGAAGACCGUGGAGUAAAUUCCCUGGAACCAUUCCUGUUUUGGAACUUCUUCACCACUUUUUGUUCCAGGAGUACAGAAAUGCAGGACCUCAUGGCCCUUCGUUUGAUGCCUACCGGCACCUUUGAUCUUCUGAAGAAUGCAGUUUUCGGGUAAGAUGAGAAUUCUAUUCUGUAACCUUCUUUUACGAUGGAAGUGACCCAUAGGUCUGAAAUAUUGCUGGCCCAUAUGGGGUAGAAGAACUUCGGCCUGGGGACCUUCAGAAGGUCUUCCCUGAGGUUCUAGCACCCCUUCCUCGGGAAGCCUUACUGGAAGAUGAGUGCGAAUAGGAUUUCCAUGAAGAAUUCCUGGAAAACUCCCUUCCUGGUUUAUAGCUCCUGCUGUCCCGAAAGGACCGAUCCUUGAAGCGCUUGGUCUUCCAGGAGGAGGGAAAAACUCUUCCUGCCAGCUUGAGGUAAACGCCUUUUUCCCCAUCAGCAGCUUUUUGAAUAGCAUCUUCCAGAAUCUUCCCAAAAAGGAGAUCCCCUCGGAACGGAAGUGCACACAGGGAAGCCUUAGAAGCAUAGUCAGCACCCCACGAAUGAAGCCACAAGGCCCUUCUAGAAGCCACAGACAGGGCCAUGCUUUUGGCAAUCAUGCGAGUGAUGUCCAGGGAGGCCUCUGAACAGAAUUCCGUGGCUAGACUAAAGUCCUUGAAGCUUUCCAACAGAUGUUCCCUACGGACACCCUGAUCAAUGUCGUCCUUCAGAUUAGCGAGCCACACUUUCAAGGCUCUGGAGAGAGUCGUCAGUGCCACUGCCGGAUGAAGGGUGGACCCUAGGGCCAAGUAGUCUUUAAUCAGGUCUCCAUCCAUACGCUUCUCCAUAGGCUCCCUGAGAUAUGCCAUGGAGUCAAUAGGCAGUGUAGUUUUCUUAGCCAUAUGGAUCACUGCAGCGUCAAUUUUAGGAACUGAGUUCCACAGGCAGCAAUCCACUGUAGAGUACGGAUAAACCCUCGCAAACUUAUUUUUUAAGGUGGACUUCUUUUCAGGCUUAUUCCAUUCCUGAAGGAUCAUAUCCCUGAUUGGCGCAUGCACCGGGAAAGUAGGUCUGUUAGGCUAUAGGUCCUCAAAAAACCUGUCAGCCUCCUUCAAUUCAGAUCUUUCUUCAGUGAGACUAAGCGUGUCUCUGAGAAGGGUAAUAAGUCUAUCCAUAGACCUGGAGUCAAGAGACGUGGAGGCAUAUUCAGCUUCCUCCUCACCUUCAUCUGAUACCUCCCAGACAUCAGGGUCCUCAUCAGAGCUGGAAGACUGAGGUUCCGCUCUGCGUCUCUUACUUGGACCACUAGAUCCCGUGGUAGCCAUAAAGCCCUCAGCAAAUAGCCUGAGAAAUCCAGAGCUUAAGGUCGUCUUGUGGAGAGCUCCUACUGGGGGCAUCAGCGACUUCCAACAAGCAUUCCUUGCAAAGGUUCCUUCUAUUCGGAGCAGGCGAAGAACAAUUAAUGCAUUUAUUUGACUUUUCCCGUGAUUUUCUCGCUGGAGAAUCCAAAUGAAUGCUGGGGCUGGAAUGAAGCCAUAUAUGACAUAUAUUACAGGCUCAGUAUGGCACUCUUUUAACAACACCCCCCCCCAAUAAAAUUAAGAAAUGGCUCACCUAUGUUUUCUAGAGAGGGAUCUUGCAGAGGCAGAGGGAGAAUCCAUACUAUAAAGAAGAACCAAAGGAAAAUCCAAGACCUAAUUCCCCAAAGGGAUAAAUAGACAAACUGACAAAGCAAUACUUCCAAUAAGUAGUAAAAACAGCAAUCCUACCUUAAAGAGCAGAACAUCCACUAUGCAGCCAGGCAGCAGAUAGGAGUAGCUGGGCACAAACUGGACACCAAUGCUUUCCCAGGGGUAAACCAACAUAAGGCUAGCACAUAUAGCGCCAAGGUAGCUGUAUUAGAUGCUUUAAAAAAGGUCCGGGCAGCGAACAGCUGAUUGCCCGGUUCGCGCAUGCGCAGAGCGCUGGAACGCACGCUAUGCGUUCCAAACGCUCGCGACCGGCAUGCAAAUUACUUCCGGUUUCGCCGGAACCGGCUGCGAGCAACAAACAGUCGGCUGGAACGCAUAAUGCGUUCCAGCCCCCAAUGCCCGGGCACACAGGGAGCCCCAGGGAGCAGGGAAGCCUGCACAGCCUCACAUUAACCCAUCAGAGGCUGGAACAGAGCCAGGGAGCAGGGAAGGCACCAAACAAGAGGCAAGAAACAGAUCCUAAAGGACAAGACCCCUAAGCAUGGAUUCAAAUACUGCCAACAAGGUAUGGGGGGGGAUAUAUAACCCCAAUUAGUAGGGGCAGGCUGAAAACAGGGGGAAUUUUUAAGGCUAACCAACCCCACAAAUAAACAGAAACAGUGUCUCCCUCAAACACUUACUUCCCACGCUGCAGUUCAAUACUUACACUGAACCUGACCCAGUUAGUCCUGCUCAUGCAGGCUGUUUACUGGGUCCUUCAAAUGAAGAGAGGCUGAACUUCAUUUGGUACGAACCCACGACAAACGCAGGAAGGUGGCCAUAAAACAAAAUGUAAAAAGUCCUGUAGAACUUGCUAAGGACAGGAAAAAAGACUGAGGUGUAGGGGGAGGAGGGACUCCUUAUACCUAUCAGUCUGAUUAAUUAAUCUAAUUAAUUCCUGUCCUGUGACUGCUAAGGGAGGAGCUACCCAUAAGUGAUGCUGCCAUGAUUAGCCAGGAAUCAGUGUUUCAGUUCAACUACCUUGACAUAUUAAGGAAAGUUUCGGAAUUGAACUGAAAUUGUGAAUGUAUGUUAUUGCACAGCAGUAAAAUGACGUUAUCUUGCUUAUUUUUAAGUAACAAGAGUGUGCUCUUCACUUUGCCUGACAACUGGAUGAUCUCGGCCUACGCCAAUUCAAUUCCCAUAGAAAAGCAUUGGGAGGCUAGUGCGCAUGUGUGGAAAAACGCUGCGCUUCAUCACACCAAUCAGCAUCUCCUCAUAGAGAUGCAUUGCAUUAAUUCUACCACAAUUUAUUUGAGGACAAAGUUAAAACAGCAAACGUUUCGAGCAGCAGCCCUUUCUCAAUGCUAAUGUCCUUCAGUUUAUGCAAGAUAACAACAAUAUAUACAGAAAAAAGCGCUUACAUAACCCAAAAGUGCCACCCCCAGGUAAUCCUGUUUCUAGAUUUGAUUACCUGGGGGGUGGCACUUUUGAGUUAUGUAAGCACUAUUUUUUUUUAUAUAUUGUUGUUAUCUUGCAUAUACUGUAGGACAUUAGCAUUGAGAAAGGGCUGCUGCUCGAAACGUUUGCUGUUUUAACUUUUUCCUCAAAUAAAUUGUGGUAGCACCUGGGUGUGCACACCUAUACUGGAUGCGCAGGACUCGUGUUUUUUUUUUUUUUUUAUAGUAUCUAUUUAAUAUGAAGUCUUUCUCUCACCGGUCAACUCUAAAUUACAGGGAGAGCAGGAGACACAAGUGAAGAUGCAUUUUGUUUGUGUCUUUCUCCCCCCAAGCCCCUUUCAUUUGUCUCUUAGCCUCAGCCCCUUUGUUUCUUUCUCCCCUUCCCCAGCCUUUCUGUUAGUCUCUUUCCCAGGCCACAGCUCUUCUGUGUGUCUCAUUCUCCCCUUCCCCAACCCCUCUGUGUGUCUCCUGUUCCCCUUUCCCAGCCCCUCUGUGUCUUUCUCCCCAGAUCCCUCUGUGUCUUUUUUUUCUCCCCAGCCUCUCUGUGUGUCUUUUUACUCCCCUGCCCCUCCAUGUGUCUCAUUACCCCCGCCACCCCUCCAUGCUUCUAAAUCCAUCCCCACAGACAUCCAUGUGUCUCAAUCCAUCCCCCCAGACCUCCAUGUUUCUCAUUAGCUCCCUCAGCCCACCAUGUGUCUCAUUAGCCCCCCAUGAAUCCCUAUAGCUCCCCUCCCAGCCCUCCAUGUCUCAUUCCACCCCCUCCAGCCUUACAUGUGUCUCAUUAGCCCCCCAUCCCUCCAUGUUUCUCAAUCCAUCCCCCAGCCCUCUGCGUCUCAAUCCAUUACCCCCCCAGACCUCGAUGUGCCUUAUCUCCCUCAAUCCCUCCAUAGGUACCUAUAGCCCCGCCCAGCCCUCCAUACAUUUCUAUACCCCUCCCAGCUCUUCAUGCAUUCCUAUACCCGAGCCCUUCAUGUGUCCCUAUAGCCCCCCACCAGCCUCCAGGUGUCCCAUUAGUUUCCCCCCUGCAGCCCCCAUGUUUCCCAUUAGUCUCACCCAGCUCUCCCUGUAACUUGCUGUAGUGUGGCUGAGCAGGCAGACCGUGGUGGAGAAGCUCCUGCUCACUGUACCCGGUCUGACAGGAAUAAGUUCUGUUCCCUCUGUGAGCACUUCCUGUCAGACCGGGUAGGGGAACAGAAGCUCCUCUACCCCGCGGUCUGCCUGCUCGGCCACGCUACAUUCUGUGACCGGCAGGAGGGGGUGUGCACGUCCUCUCCUGCCGGUUACUCUGUAAUUGCGCCAUGCGACCCACAGGCUGGUGCGCACUAGGUCCUGACAAAUUAUGAUGAAAUGAUUGCAAGGAGCAAUCUCCAGUUUAAUAGAUUAAUCACUUGUGUUUGGAGAAAAAUUUAAAGGAACAAUCAACUUCAAAAAUGUAAAUAGAUACAUUUUUAAAAUAUCACCAUUUAGAGAAGGAUGAAACAGAGCCCUGGAGGAUUAGGUACCGCAGAGUUCUGUGGAUGCUCUGAUUUGAAAACCAGGGAGUUGCUUCUUAAUGUUUUUCUAAAUGUAAUGCAAUGUUUUUUGAAGUGCAGUUAAAAUAGGAUACUACUUACACAAAAAGCACUUCAGCAGGCUUAAGUGCUUUAUGUGUGUGGAGUGGUCCUUUAAAAGAAAGGUGUUCAUUGUGUGCGCCUAGAUUUGCAGAAUAGCAAUGGGAUUAAGUUCUCUUUCUGAACUUUGUAGGUUUGUUUUAUAACAUAUUUGUUGUGAAAAAUGUGCAUGUUAUCUCUGAAGACACAAGUUCAAUUAACUUGGAUUAAUGGAAUUAAUUUACCAAAAAUGUAAAUACUGCAUGAAUACACAGCCUCAUACUACAGAACUAAUCCCCAUUCCAUGCCGAAUAACCUUUGGACUAUAAUGUAGUCAAACAUUGGAACAGAGUUGCCUUUUUUGUCUCUUGUGAAUAUUCAUAAGGAAAAUCGUAUGCGUUUUAUCAAGUUCCAUAAAAUCCUUCUUUAAAAUUGCUUCGAUGAACUAAACCUUACAUUCAAAGUGGGAACAUAUUUUAUGGUAAUGUUGAAUAUAUAUCAUAUUUUACUACUCUCUUCCUUAAUAUAGAAUAGAUAUUAAAAUUCAUAGUGCAUCCAUGUGCAAACGCAUUGCGUUUCCAAACCUACUAUACAUAUUCAGAUGUUCUAUCAUAUGUGUAAAGCUCCAGGGCAACUAUUUGUCUUAAAUUCCCCACCAAAGAUUCCAAGAGAUUUUUGCUUACAGGGUCAUUGAAGAAUAGUACAACCCCCAUCAACUCUGCAUUAUUUAGUUAUGGGUGAUUAAUAAUAUGAAAAAGUAUUGUACCACUUAAAAUGUCUUGUAGAGAGCUUCAUUUAUAUUAAUUUGCACACAGUAUACAUGACAUACAUGUGGUAGCUACAUUUCACCAUAUUAUUUCCAGUUUAAGUAAAUAGAAUUUUGGAACAAUACUGUUAUGUUAAAUAUAUGCUAGCUUUAUCAACGUAAAAUAAAAGUCAAAUAAACAUGACAUGAAAGCAUUGUAAGCUUGUUAUAAUCACAGCAUAGUCGGUAACAUACCAUGAAGCCAGAAAUGUAAUCUUGAAAAUCAAACAACUAUAUAAAAACAAGGUCACUCUAAAAGCAAAAUAAUGAUAAAAAAUAAUUUUUUAUAAAAUUUUAAAAUAACUGUCAGCAAACCACCAGUUAAUGUAAUGCCUGCCCCCUCCCCCCUUUGUACACAUGUAAGAGGCAUGUAAAAAGGAAUACAAUUAAAUUAAAAUACAUUUUUAAAAAAGCCCCAAAUGUCUUUUUAUUAAUUUGCUAUUUUUCGACCUGUGGUCUUAAUUUUCAAUUGAUUUAAAUUUUUAAGCAACACCCUCCAGUCAAUAUACAUAAUCACUGUAGCAAUUGGAGCCCUAUAUAGGUCUCUUUAAGAGAUAGCAGAAUCUAGCUUAAUACCUGCCGCCUACGACCCGCAGUUCCGUAAUAUAAAAUUGAAGCCAUUUUGUUUUUCAUGACUAUCCUUCAACUUCUCAUUCUUCACCCAUUUAUUUUCACAUUGUGUGUUGUAGUAUCCCAACGGCCUGUUCAGCUCCAGUGGCCUUCAUUCUACUUUGUUUGUCUAGCAUGUUAAAUAGCAUUUAUUACUCAAAGUUCUUUCCAUGUCUGAAGUAUCUUAUCUGUAGCGUAUAUUCAGAGUUUUCGACACGCUUGCCUAACUUGACUUUCCCAUAUCAUAAAACUGUGCAGAACUGUCAAAUGCCAUGCAACUGUUUGGUUAUGUAUCAUGCCUUUCUAGCUCUCACUGUUGUGGCAUUGCAAGGUAGUCUGUAUAUUUCCUCACACAACAAACAAUUAAAAAUAAAUAAAUAAAUUUUAGACACACUACAUCAACUACACAAACACACACUGUGCAUUCACUAUACACACACAGUGUCCACCACACACACACUGCAUCCAUUACACAAACAUACACUUUGUAUUCACUAUACAAACACACACUCUGCAUACACUAUACACACUAUAUCCAUUACACACACUGCAUACACUCCACAUACACUGCAUCCUUGUGUGUGGACUGAGGAUGGACCCUGUGUGUGGACUCAGUAGCAGGCCCAGUGACCCAGUUGUGUAAGGGGCCCCAAAAUGUCUGAUGGCAGCCCUGAGUGGGAUUAUAACAUCUGAAAGUAGCUGGAGUUCAUCUUUGGAGGAGGCAAUGAUCAUGAUGAUUUGGUACACAGGGGGGAUGUAGGAAACAGAGUGGAUGAAGUUGGGGGAGGUGGUAGUCAAGUUUAUGGAAAUAUAAGACGCUAUGUGCUCGUUGCCAAACUUGGCCUUGAUUUAACACUUUUAUGCAAACCUUUCAUAUGAUUUAAUAUUUUUGGAUACACUUUUUAAAAUAAUUUAUAUACAGAAGUCACCAUUAAAUGAUUUGAAAAUCUUAUCCAAAAAUAUUUAGACCCUUGUCUAUACAUAGCCGCCCUCAGCUCCAUCUGUUGACUGCCAGUAGUUGGUAUCCGCUACUAAUUAGGAUUAAGAUUUCCCACCUUGUUGCUUUAUUUAGUUAUAUUUACCUGCUAAAUAACAAUGUUUGAUUGCAAAGAUACAUACCACCCAAAGAACACUCACUGAAAAAGCACAAAAACACACUAUGUAAGAUGCCAGUUUCAUGAAUGAUUUCCAAGGUGACUUAUCAGCUUCUGUCUGUCUUUUAUAGAGAGAUCCAGUUGAUUCAGCUAAAGAUGUAUUGGCCCGAGCUGCUGCCAAGGGAUUACUUCAAGGUAUUGAAAUCUCAUCAGCAAGAGGGGACAAGAAAAAGAGAUCAAAAAUGGCUGCAUCCAAAGCCAUCGCAAAGCCCACUUCUAUUACACAAACAAAUAUUGCAGAGUUCCUGAAGAGAGAAAAUAGUUCUACAUCUGCAAAAGAAUCAAUAUCCAAACAAGAUCCACUUGUCUCUCAAAAUAGCCAACAUAACAUCAGCAACAUCCAGUUAAAGAAAACCUCAAAGCAAGCAUCGUUUCCCACUGCACCAGCAGCAGUGAAAAAUACAAGCUACUUCACUGCUCCAAAGGUUGCAGAUCAUCAAAUAAUGUUUACAAGGCAAAGAGCCGAAGACAAAAUGAUUUUAUUGAAACCAAUGCAGAUUCUGUUGCCACCAGUAUCAAUGCCACUUUACAGCGACUCAACAGUUGCAAAAGUUCGGAGUCCCAUCCAGUGUUAUCCGAGAUGGCAUUCUGGAGUACGUAGCACCUUACAAAGGGCAUUUACCCCGACACUGUCCAUUGUUGGCAGGCCCAAAGAAACUCUACCACUUAAUGCGCUCCGACACCCCAAACCUUGGCACUGAAGACUAUAUUUUGUAACAUUUUUCCUGAUAUGCCAAGAUACAGUUUCUCAAUAGAUAAUGAAUGGAAGGGUUAGUGGGUACAAUAACCAUGAAAGAAAAAUAGGAAAUAGGAAGACAUUAAUAUUUUUCUUUUGCUAGUGUUUUGUAAUAGUGUUUAAUUUUAUUACUAAAAAAAAAUCUAGUUUGUUACUAAUUUUUUUAUUUUUUAUGUGUGUAUAUAUCAAUUUAAUUUGUAAUGUCAUAAUAUUUUCUACUUAAAAACAAACAAAAAAACUUUAGAAUAUGCUCUAUUUUCUAGAUAGCUAACACUUUGCAUAACAUUAUUUUUUAAUGCUUGUUUUGGCACCUGUAUGUAUAGCAAUGGAAUUUUAUAACCAACGCAUUUCUAAUAUAGUAUGACUUAAAAUAGUGACUGUGUGCCUCCCUUUUUUUCCUAAACCAUUAAACUGAGAGCAUGUCAAAAUCUAGGACACACAUGUACUACGAAUAAGAUUUUUACGCCAUAACCCUGUUGAGAGCCAAUGGCCUGCUUCCGCUCCUACAACAGGUUCAGACAUUCGUCCUGACGCUUUGCAUGAGGACCUUGAACAUUUUCUGAUGCUUAUCACAGGGAAGCACUGGAUUAAAUGCUACUCAAUGAGAAGCAUUUGACUGAAAAAGUGCAAAAAAAAAAAGAAUUGGAUUGGACGAGAAGACGAAAGAAGACGCCUGCAGAAAAACAAUACAGGAGGCGAAAAAAGGGCGGAUUUACGUUAAAGUGAAGCUGUCAUGACAGAUUUACUUGUGUUAACCUUUUAUGUGAUCCACCUGUAUCUUUUAGAUGUAUAUUAAACAUUUAGCAAGUUACAUAAUAAUCCAGUUUAGACAAAGCAAAGCCAGAUAAUACCUUGGAAAUGAAGAGCAGAAAUAGAAACAUUGGGAGAUAUGUAUAAACGUGUCAUCUUCUGAAAAUUGUUCUAAUGAUGCAAAGCAGGUGGAGUCUCCAAUGGAAUGUACCUGCUGAUUUAAUUGGGUUUUAGUACUUUAUAUAUUUAGUACAUAUUUUUUAAAUAUA